AUGGCUAUAUACAGGGACUACCAGUACCGAGUCGAUGUGCAGGGGUAUGAGGUAAUUGAGGUAGCUAUAGGUAUGGGGUAAGUGACUAGACAACAGGAUAGAUAAUAGACAGUAGCAGCAGCGUAUGUGGUGAGUGUGAAUGUGUGUAUGGCGUCAGUAUGCAUGUGUGUGGGCGUAUGUAGUGUAGUGCGUGUUGGGAUGUUAGUGUAAGUAUGUGUGAGUGUGUGGGUAGAGUCCAGUGUGUGUUCCUAGUCAGUGGAAAAGAGGGUAAAUACAGGUAGUCCGGGUAGCCAUUUGAUUAGCUAUUUAGCAGUCUUGUUUAGUAGUCUUAUGGCUUGAGGGUAGAAGUUGUUAGAAGUUGUUCAAGGUCCUGUUGGUUCCAGACUUUGUGCACUGGUACAGAUUGUUGUGCGGUAGAUUGGGUGACUGGAGCCUUUGACAAUUUUUUGGGCCUUCCUCUGACACCACCUGGUGUAGAGGUCCUGGAUGGCAGGGAGCAUGGCCCUAGUGAUGUACUGGGCUGUGCUCACCACCCUCUGUGGUGCCUUGUGGUCGGGUGCCUUGCAGUUGCUGUACCAAGCGGUGAUGCAGCCUGUCAAGAUACUCUCAAUGUUGCAGCUGUAUAACUUUUUGAGGAUCUGAAUGCCUAAAUCUUUUCAGCCUCCUGAGGGGGAAGAGGCACUGACAUGCCCUCUUCACAACUGUCUGGGUGUGUGUGGACCAUGUUAAUUUCUUAGUGAUGUGGACACCGACGAAUUUGAAGCUCUCGACCCGCUCCACUACAGCCCCAUCGAUGUGGAUGGGGGGGCGUUCUCACACCUCGGUUUCCUGUAGUCCAUGAUCAGCUCUUUUGUCUUGCUGACGUUGAGGGAGAGGUUGUUGUCCUGGCACCAGAUCUUAUGUCUGAAGAACGUACAAAGUUAGCUUGAACUCUUGAAAGUCAGUAUUUUGACAGAAUGUCACAUAACAUACUGUAUGUGGAUUGUGUAAUUUCUGUGUCUUAUUUAUACAGUUGAAGUCGGAAGUUUACAUACACUUAUGUUGGAGUCAUUAAAACUCGUUUUUUCAACCACUCCAUACAUUUCUUGUUAACAAAAUAUAGUUAUGGCAAGUCACAAGUAAUUUUUCCAACAAUUGUUUACAGACACUAAGUUUGACUGUGCCUUUUUAAACAGCUUGGCAAAUUCCAGAAAAUGAUGUCAUGGCUUUAGAAGCUUCUGAUAGGCAAAUUGACAUAAUUUGAGUCAAUUGGAGGUGUACCUGUGGAUGUACAGUGGGGAGAACAAGUAUUUGAUACACUGCCGAUUUUGCAGGUUUUCCUACUUCCAAAGCAUGUAGAGGUCUGUAAUUUUUAUCAUAGGUACACUUCAACUGUGAGAGACGGAAUAUAAAAAUCCAGAAAAUCACAUUGUAUGAUUUUUAAGUAAUUAAUUUGCAUUUUAUUGCAUGACAUAAGUAUUUGAUCACCUACCAACCAGUAAGAAUUCCGGCUCUCACAAACCUGUUUCUUCUUCUUUAAGAAGCCCUCCUGUUCUCCACUCAUUACCUGUAUUAACUGCACCUGUUUGAACUUGUUAUCUGUAUAAAAGACACCUGUCCACACACUCAAUCAAAAAGACUCCAACCUCUCCACAAUGGCCAAGACCAGAGAGCUGUGUAAGGACAUCAGGGAUAAAAUUGUAGACCUGCACAAGGCUGGGAUGGGCUACAGGACAAUAGGCAAGCAGCUUGGUGAGAAGGCAACAACUGUUGGCGCAAUUAUUAGAAAAUGGAAGAAGUUCAAGAUGACGGUCAAUCACCCUUGGUCUAGGGCUCCAUGCAAGAUCUCACCUCGUGGGGCAUCAAUGAUCAUGAGGAAGGUGAGGGAUCAGCCCAGAACUACACGGCAGGACCUGGUCAAAGACCUGAAGAGAGCUGGGACCACAGUCUCAAAGAAAACCAUUAGUAACACACUACGCCGUCAUGGAUUAAAAUCCUGCAGCGCACGCAAGGUCCCCCUGCUCAAGCCAGCGCAUGUCCAGGCCCGUCUGAAGUUUGCCAAUGGCCAUCUGUGAGAGCCGGAAUUCUUACUGGUUGGUAGGUGAUCAAAUACUUAUGUCAUGCAAUAAAUUGCAAAUGAAUUACUUAAAAAUCAUACAAUGUUAUUUUCUGGAUUUUUGUUUUAGAUUCCGUCUCUCACAGUUGAAGUGUACCUAUGAUAAAAAUUACAGACCUCUACAUGAUUUGUAAGUAGGAAAACCUGCAAAAUUGGCAGUGUAUCAAAUACUUGUUCUCCCCACUGUACAUACAUACAUACAUACAUACAUACAUACAUACAUACAUACAUACAUACAUACAUACAUACAGUGAGGGAAAAUAAUAUUUGAUACCCUGUUGAUUUUUUACGUUUGCCCACUGACAAAGAAAUGAUCAGUCUAUAAUUUUAAUGGUAGGUUUAUUUGAAUAUUGAGAGACAAAAUAAAACAAACAAAUCCAGAAAAAGGCAUGUCAAAAAUGUUAUAAAUUGAUUUGCAUUUUAAUGAGGGAAAUAAGUAUUUGACCCCUCUGCAAAAUAUGACUUAGUACUUGGUGGCAAAACCCUUGUUGGCAAUCACGGAGGUCGGACGUUUCUUGUAGUUGGCCACCAGGUUUGCACACAUCUCAGGAGGGAUUUUGUCCCACUCCUCUUUGCAGAUCUUCUCCAAGUCAUUAAGGUUUCGAGGCUGACGUUUGGCAACUCGAACCUUCAGCUCCCUCCACAGAUUUUCUAUGGGAUUGGCCACUCCAGGACCUUAAUGUGCUUCUUCUUGAGCCACUCCCUUUGUUGCCUUGGCCGUGUGUUUUGGGUCAUUGUCAUGCUGGAAUACCCAUCCACGACCCAUUUUCAAUGCCCUGGCUGAGGGAAGGAGGUUCUCACCCAAGAUUUGACGGUACAUGGCCCCGUCCAUCGUCCCUUUGAUACGGUGAAGUUGUCCUGUCCUCUUAGCAGAAAAACACCCCCAAAGCAUAAUGUUUCCACCUCCAUGUUUGACGGUGGAGAUGGUGUUCUUGGGGUCAUAGGCAGUAUUCCUCCUCCUCCAAACACGGCGAGUUGAGUUGAUGCCAAAUAGCUCAAUUUUGGUCUCACCGGGGGUAUACAGAAGACACCAAUAAGAAGAUACUUGAUUGGGCCUUGAAACACGAGCAAUGGACAUUAGACCGUUGGAAAUCUGUCCUUUGGUCUGGAGUAAAAAUUUGAGAUUUUUGGUUCCAACUGCUGUGUCUUUGUGAGACGCAGCGUAGGUGAACGGAUGAUCUCAGCAUGUGUAGUUCCCACCGUGAAGCAUGACCAGAUAAUCUUGUUCAGUUUGACCGGGCGGCCAGCUCUAGGAAGAGUCUUCGUGGUUCCAAACUUCUUCCAUUUUAAGAAUGAUAGAGGCCACUGUGUUCUUGGGGACCUUCAAUGCUGCAGACAUUUUUUUGGUACCCUUCCCCAGAUCUGCACCUCGACACAAUCCUGUCUCGGAGAUCUACGGAAAAUUCCUUAGACCUCAUAGCUUGGUUUUCGCUCUGACAUGCACUGUCAACUGUAGGACCUUAUAUAUAGACAGGUGUGUGCCUUUCCAAAUCAUGUCCAAUCAAUUGAAUUUACCACAGGUGGACUCCAAUGAACUUAUAGAAACAUCUCAAGGAUGAUCAAUGGAAACAGGAUUCACCUGAGCUCAAUUUCGAGUCUCAUAGCAAAGGGUCUGUACUUAUGUAAAUAAGGUAUUUCAGUUUUAUUCUUCCCAGUACGUUGGCAAAAAAAUCUAAGCCUGUUUUCGCUUUGUCAUUAUGGAGUAUUGUGUGUAGAUUGAGGACAUUAUUUGAUCCAUUUUUAAAUAAGGCUGUAACGUAACUAAAUGUGGAAUAAUUUGAGGGGUCUGAAUACUUUCCGAAUUCACUGUAUAUGUUUGUGUAUCUGUAUGUUGUUUUGUUUAUUGUGGCAGCACUAUUUCAGCCAGUCAAAUUCCUGUACAUACAAAUGUAUUUGGUGAAUAAAGGUGAUUCUGAUGACAGACUUGUUUCAUUGUCACCAGGCUCCUAAAUGGUAUCCCUUACUAAGCAGCAAGUACACCAAGUUGAAGCCAGCCAUUCUGCUCACCAUUGCACUGGAGAAUGACACCAAACAAACAGAGCUGACACAAGAACGAUUCAAGGCCAAAAAAGCACCACCAAGACAAGGUGAGGAGUGUCUACAUAGGUUGUGUCCCAAAUAACUCCCUUUUCCCUACAUGGUGCACUAUAUAGGGAAUUGGGUGCCAUUUGGGAUGUACCCAUAAAUAAGUUAUAAUAUAUUACUUGAACAAAUGUGGGGGAUUAGGCUAUAUUUGGUGUUUUAACAACGUCACUUUUUUUUGUAGGUUCUCCUGUGUUGAGUAACCUUUUGCCAGAGAAACUAGAGGCUGUUCUGAAAGAGGAUGAAGGAUAUCACCAAAUUGGACAUGAAGAUCAUUGCACUGACUUGUUUGUUUUGUCAGUUACUGUGGCCUUUGCUACCAAGCUGGAACAGGUAAAGUGCUUCUUCAUAAGCAUUGUGGAAAUGUAUGUGUAAUAGUUGUCAAUAGCUAGGUUUCCGUCCAAUUGGCGACAGAUUAUUCUAAAAUCUGCAUAAAAACAGUAUGCACAUUUUCCCGCCGGAGAUGUUUCCAUCAAAUUGACUUGUUGCAGAUAAAAGGCUGUGCGUGAUGACAUAGUGCACAUAAAAAUACCUUUUGUGGUUAAAUUCCCAUGUACUAUAUAAAAAGACAAGUUAAAUGGGUUUCCUUCACAUUUUCAACUCUACUGAUGGUUUUUUACAGAGAGUGUGCCCACUCCGGUAUUGGCAGGUGUGCUCUAGCCACCAGCACUAUCUGCGCGCUGUUGGCUAGAGCGCACGUAUAGCCUACAUGAUGAGAUUAUUAUUAUUAUUAUUAUUAUGGACAAAGAGCGAGAUUAUGUUUUUGUCCAACGGCAGCCAAGCAUCGAUGAUCAUGUCACCAGAAUAAGACCCUCGAUAUUUAUCGGAAAGGAGCAUCAAGCUCAUCACCUUGCACUUUCACCGCCCUGUGAAGUUCAUCACAAUUUAUUUCAUCUGUAGCCUAAUGAACUGAAUGGUUUCCCCGAGUCGUAGUGGAAGGACCACACAUGUCAUCAUGUGACUCCAAGUUUACUUCGAUAUGAUGGUUAUUAUAUCAAUAUUUGCGCAUCAAAGCUUUUCCACCUGCAUAUCUCACAUAAUUAAUUUUACUGACACAAAAAGAUCACACCUUGUCUAGCAUAUUUUGUUUUGUUGACAUUUGGAAAGUUUACAGAAAAAUGUUCUGUUUCCAUCCGGCCGGUCAUAAAAAAUAGUAUUCGACAUGUACUUUACUCGCAUAAAAAGGUUUGAUGGAAACCUGGUUAAUGGAAACUUACUUUUAAUCCGUCUGUCUGCAUAUUUCAAGACAUGCCAUAUGGGGGUGUAGUGAGAUACCCAAUGGGCUGGACGAUUCUAUUCUCAUCACCAAUGUUCCCUCAAAUAUUUUGUUUUGUGAGCGGAAACUUGAACGUUGUGAGAAGUUUGCAACUUCUGCCGCGCGUUUAGAGUGAACCCUGAGGUUGUUCCCUUAGUUUUAGACAGUAGCCAAUAGGCUUUUGUUGCUACUUGAGCAUAAUGUAGGCCUACCAACAAACCAAUGGAGCAAAUCCCGUAACAGUUUCACAAAGAAAUAGCUUUUGAUUUCAAUGAUCUAGCCUACAGUAGCCUAUAUGUGGUGUUCAAUGCAGGCCUACAUUACAUCAAACUUUUAAAAAAACGUUUUUACAUUAUGAUGGUCUUGACAUUAAUUAAUUAUUUUUUAUUUGGUCUGUAACACCAUGGGCCAAAUAGGUGAUUGUAAAUUGUAUUGUGUUGUAUGAUGCAAGAAAACACUUUACAAAAUAAAAUUAAUUAUUAUUGCCAUACAGAGAAUUAGACAAUGUAGGUUACCCCUCUGCCUAUUGGCUUAUUUGCAUAUUCAAGCCUGUCUCAAAAUCAAACACUGCCCCUUUAAUUAAGACAUAAGCUUUUUACCUGACUGGCUUUACAAACACAGCUUGAAAUGUAGCGUACACGUUUUGUGCUCUUGUAGGAAGCAGUAACUCCCCAUUGCUGACCUAUACUUAUCUAUAACUGGGCUAAUAACUCGUCUAACUAGCAAAGAAUAUCAACAAAUGUGCACAUGCGCGGCUCUGCGCACUGAACUGAUCUGAAAAGCGCAUUCACUCACAGGUGAUUGAAAGAUCAAUAGAAUUCUACUCCGUUGCGCUCUGGCUCUGCUCUGGCUCUGCCUACAACAAAAUCACAAACUAAAUUUGUUUUGGUUUAUUGCAUCAAAUGGCUGAUUUUAUCAUGUUGAUUUGAUCACAGAAAAAACAUUGAUCUAUAUAAUGGGAUGAAGUUCAAUCUCUUGUGUGUCUGCGCAGCCUGUCAUUUCUUCUGCGUGGCGACUUAGAGGGAACAUUGCUCAUCACUCAUCUUGAAAAAACGUAUACUAAAAACGUGGAAAUCAAUCAAUUCAGGCACUAGGGAUGGGGGUGUGAGCAUGCGGGUCUGGACAGAUGAGAUGUAGUCGUUAUUUGUGUGUGUCUGUUAGUUGUUGUUCAUAUGUACAGUGCCUUCAGAAUCAUACCUGUUGACUUAUUCCACACUUUGUUGUGUUACACCCUGAAUUCAAAAUUCAUUAAAUUGAUUUUGUUUUCUCACCCAUCUACACAUAAUUCCCCAUAAUGACAAAGUGAAAACAUGAAAAUGAAAUACAAAAAUAUCUCAUUUACAUAAAGUAUUCACACCCCUGAGUUAAUACUUUGUAGAUGCACCUUUGGCAUCGAUUUACAGCUGUGAGUCUUUCUGGGUAAGUCUUUAAGAGCUUUCCACACUUGGAUUGUGUAACAUUUGCACAUUAUUAUUAUUUUCAAGAUUCUUCAAGCUUGGUCAAAUUUGUUGUUGAUCAUUGCUAGACAACCAUUUCUAGGUUUUGCCAUAGAUUUUCAAGUAGAUUUAAGUCAAAACUGUAACUUGGCCACUCAGGAACAUUCACUAUCUUCUUGGUAAGCAACUCCAGUGUAGAUUUGGCCUUGUGUUUUAGGUUAUUGUCUUGCUGAAAGGUGAAUUCAUCUCCCAGUGUCUGGAGGAAAGCAGACUGAACCAAGUUUUCCUCUGUGAUUUUGCAUGUGCUUAGCUCCAUUCCAUGUCUUUUUUUUUGUCCUGAAGAACUCCCCAGUCCUUAACGAUUACAUGCAUACCUAUACCAUGAUGCAGCCACAACUAUGAUUGAAAAUAUGGAGAGUGGAACUCAGUAAUGUGUUGUAUUGGCUUUGCCCCAAACACAACACUUUGUAUUCAAGAUAAAAAGUUAAUUGGUUUUCCACAUUUCUUGCAGUAUUACUUUAGUGCCUUGUUGCAAGCAGGAUGCAUGUUUAGGAAUAGGCUUCCUUCUUUUUCCUCUGGCAAUUAGGUUAGUAUUGUGGAGUAUGUUGUUAAUCCAUCCUCAGUUUUCUCCCAUCACAGCCAUUUAACUCUGUAACUGUUUUAAAGUAAUCUUUGGCCUCUUGGUGUUUCCUUCAUCUCCGGCAAGUGAGUUAGGAAGGACGCCCGUAUCUUUGUAGUGACUGGGUGUAUUGAUACACCAUCCAAAGUGUAAUUAAUAACUUCACCAUGCUCAAAGGGAUAGUCAAUGACUGCUUUUUAAAUAAAAAACGAUCUACCAAUAGGUGCCCUUCUUUGCGAGGCAUUAGAAAAUCUCCCUGGUCUUUGCGGUUGAAUCCGUGUUUGAAAUUCACUGCUCGACUGAGGGACCUUACAGAUAAUUGUAUGUGUGGGGUACAUAGAUGAGCUAGUCAUUCAAAAAUCAUGUUAAACACUAUUAUUGCACACAGAGUCAAUCCAUGCAACUUAUUAUGUGACUUGUUAAGCAAAUUUUUACUCCUGAACUUAUUUAGGCUUGCGAUAACAAAGGGGUUGAAUACUUACUGACUCAAGACAUUUUAGCUUUUUAUUUUGUAUUAAUUAGGUUUUUUUUUUAUGGAAAAAUAUUUCCACUUUGACAUCAUGGGGUAUUGUGUGUAGGCUAGUGAGGACAAAAUCUAAAUUUAAUCUAUUUUAAAUUCAAGCUGUAACACAACAAAAUGUGGAAAAGGUCAAAGGGUAUGAAUACUUUCUGAAGGCAUACUUUCUGGCCUAGAUGGACAUCCCUAAAAUGAAUAACAUACUAUGUUUUGUAUCUGGUGUGGGGGAAAAAAUAUAAAUACUCAAUCAAUCAAUCAAUUUUAUUUUAUAUAGCCCUUCUUACAUCAGCUAAUAUCUCGAAGUGCUGUACAGAAACCCAGCCUAAAACCCCAAACAGCUAGUAAUGCAGGUGUAGAAGCACGGUGGCUAGGAAAAACUCCCUAGAAAGGCCAAAACCUAGGAAGAAACCUAGAGAGGAACCAGGCUAUGAGGGGUGGCCAGUCCUCUUCUGGCUGUGCCGGGUGGAGAUUAUAACAGAACCAUGCCAAGAUGUUCAAAAAUGUUCAUAAGUGACAAGCAUGGUCAAAUAAUAAUCAGGAAUAAAUCUCAGUUGGCUUUUCAUAGCCGAUCAUUAAGAGUUGAAAACAGCAGGUCUGGGACAGGUAGGGGUUCCAUAACCGCAGGCAGAACAGUUGAAACUGGAAUAGCAGCAAGGCCAGGCGGACUGGGGACAGCAAGGAGUCACCACGGCCGGUAGUCCCGACGUAUGGUCCUAGGGCUCAGGUCUCUCAGUUGGCUUUUCAUAGCCGAUCAUUAAGAGUUGAAAACAGCAGGUCUGGGACAGGUAGGGGUUUCGUAACCGCAGGCAGAACAGUUGACUGGAAUAGCAGCAAGGCCAGGCGGACUGGGGACAGCAAGGUGUCAUCAUGUCCGGUAGUCCUGACGUAUGGUCCUAGGGCUCAGGUUCUCAGAGAGAAAGAGAGAACGAGAGAAUUAGAGAGAGCAUACUUAAAUUCACACAGGACACUGGAUAAGACAGGAGAAGUACUCCAGGUAUAACCAACUAACCCCAGCCCCCCGACACAUAAACUACUGCAGCAUAAAUACUGGAGGCUGAGACAGGAGCGGUCCGGAGACACUGUGGCCCCAUCCGAAGAAACCCCCGGACAGGGUCAAACAGGAAGGAUAUAACCCCACCCACUCUGCCAAAGCACAGCCCCCGCACCACUAGAGGGAUAUCCUCAACCACCAACUUACAAUCCUGAGACAAGGCCGAGUAUAGCCCACAGAGGUCUCCACCACAGCACAAACCAAGGGGGGGCGCCAACCCAGACAGGAAGAUCACGUCAGUAACUCAACCCACUCAAGUGACGCACCCCUCCUAGGGACGGCAUGAAAGAGCACCAGCAAGCCAGUGACUCAGCCCCUGUAACAGGGUUAGAGGCAGAGAACCCCAGUGGAGAGAGGGGAACCGGCCUGGCAGAGACAGCAAGGGCUGUUCGUUGCUCCAGAGCCUUUCCGUUCACCUUCACACUCCUGGGCCAGACUACACUCAAUCAUAUGACCUACUGAAGAGAUAAGUCUUCAGUAAAGACUUAAAGGUUGAGACCGAGUCUGCGUCUCUCACAUGGGUAGGCAGACUGUUCCAUAAAAAUGGAGAUCUAUAGGAGAAAGCCCUGCCUCCCGCUGUUUGCUUAGAAAUUCUAGGGACAAUUAGGAGGCCUGCGUCUUGUGACCGUAGCGUACGUAUUGGUAUGUACGGCAGGACCAACUCGGAAAGAUAGGUAGGAGCAAGCCCAUGUAACGCUUUAUAGGUUAACAGUAAAACCUUGAAAUCAGCCCUUGCCUUAACAGGAAGCCAGUGUAGGGAAGCUAGCACUGGAGUAAUAUGAUCAAAUUUCUUGGUUCUAGUCAGGAUUCUAGCAGCCGUAUUUAGCACUAACUGAAGUUUAUUUAGUGCUUUAUCCGGGUAGCCGGAAAGUAGAGCAUUGCAGUAGUCUAACCUAGAAGUAACAAAUGCAUGGAUUAAUUUUUCUGCAUCAUUUUUGGACAGAAAAUUUCUGAUUUUUGCAAUGUUACGUAGAUGGAAAAAAGCUGUCCUUGAAACAGUCUUGAUAUGUUCGUCAAAAGAGAGAUCAGGGUCAAGAGUAACGCCGAGGUCCUUCACAGUUUUAUUUGAGACGACUUUACAACCAUCAAGAUGAAUUGUCAGAUUUAACAGAAGAUCUCUUUGUUUCUUGGGACCUAGAACAAGCAUCUCUGUUUUGUCCGAGUUUAAAAGUAGAAAGUUUUCAGCCAUCCACUUCCUUAUGUCUGAAACACAGGCUUCUAGCGAGGGCAAUUUUGGGGCUUCACCAUGUUUCAUUGAAAUGUACAGCUGUGUGUCAUCCGCAUAGCAGUGAAAGUUAACAUUAUGUUUUCGAAUAACAUCCCCAAGAGGUAAAAUAUAUAGUGAAAACAAUAGUGGUCCUAAAACGGAACCUUGAGGAACACCGAAAUGUACAGUUGAUUUGUCGGAGGACAGACCAUUCACAGAGACAAACUGAUAUCUUUCCGACAGGUAAGAUCUAAACCAGGCCAGAACUUGUCCGUGUAGACCAAUUUGGGUUUCCAGUCUCUCCAAAAGAAUGUGGUGAUCGAUGGUGUCAAAGGCAGCACUAAGGUCUAGUAGCACGAGGACAGAUGCAGAGCCUCGGUCUGAUGCCAUUAAAAGGUCAUUUACCACCUUCACAAGUGCAGUCUCAGUGCUAUGAUGGGGUCUAAAACCAGACUGAAGCAUUUCGUAUACAUUGUUUGUCUUCAGAAAGGCAGUGAGUUGCUGCGCAACAGCUUUUUCAAAAAUUUUUGAGAGGAAUGGAAGAUUCGAUAUAGGCCGAUUAGUUUUUUAUAUUUUCCGGGUCAAGGUUUGGCUUUUUCAAGAGAGGCUUUAUCACUGCCACUUUUAGUGAGUUUGGUACACAUCCGGUGGAUAGAGAGCUGUUUAUUAUGUUCAACAUAGGAGGGCCAAGCACAGGAAGCAGCUCCUUCAGCAGUUUAGUAGGAAUAGGAUCCAGUAUGCAGCUUGAAGGUUUAGAGGCCAUGAUUAUUUUCAUCAUUGUGUCAAGAGAUAUAGUACUAAAACACUUAAGUGUCUCUCCCGAUCCCAGGCCCUCGCAGAGCUGUGCAGAUCCAGGACAGCUAAGCCCUGGAGGAAUACGCAGAUUCAAAGAGGAGUCCGUAAUUUGCUUUCUAAUGGUCAUGAUCUUUUCCUCAAAGAAGUUCAUGAAUUUAUUACUGCUGAAGUGAAAGCCAUCCUCUCUUGAGGAAUGCUGCUUUUUAGUUAGCUUUGCAACAGUAUCAAAAAGAAAUUUUGGAUUGUUCUUAUUUUCCUCGAUUAAGUUGGAAAAGUAGGAUGAUCGAGCAGCAGUGAGGGCUCUUCGGUACUGCACGGUACUGUCUUUCCAAGCUAAUCGGAAGACUUCCAGUUUGGUGUGGCGCCAUUUCCGUUCCAAUUUCCUGGAAGCUUGCUUCAAAGCUCGGGUAUUUUCUGUAUACCAGGGAGCUAGUUUCUUAUGACAAAUGUUUUUCGUUUUUAGGGGUGCAACUGCAUCUAGGGUAUUGCGCAAGGUUAAAUUGAGUUCCUCAGUUAAGUGGUUAACUGAUUUUUGUCCUCUGAGGUCCUUGGGUAGGCAGAAGGAGUCUGGAAGGGCAUCAAGGAAUUUUUGUGUUGUCUGAGAAUUUAUAGCACGACUUUUGAUGCUCCUUGGUUGGGGUCUGAGCAGAUUAUUUGUUGCGAUUGCAAACGUAAUAAAAUGGUGGUCCGAUAGUCCAGGAUUUUGUGGAAAAACAUUAAGAUCUACAACAUUUAUUCCAUGGGACAAAACUAGGUCCAGAGUAUGACUGUGGCAGUGAGUAGGUCCAGAGACAUGUUGGACAAAACCCACUGAGUCGAUGAUGGCUCCGAAAGACUUUUGGAGUGGGUCUGUGGACUUCUCCAUGUGAAUAUUAAAAUCACCAAAAAUUAGAAUAUGAUCUGCUAUGACUACAAGGUCUGAUAGGAAUUCAGGAAACUCAGAGAGGAACGCUGUAUAUGGCCCAGGAGGCCUGUAAACAGUAGCUAUAAAAAGUGAUUGAGUAGGCUGCAUAGAUACUAAAUACUAAAUAUAUAUAUCUGUACCAGUCAAAAGUUUGGACACUUACUCAUUCAAGGGUUUUUCUUUAUUCUUAAUAUUUUCUACAUUGUAGAAUAACAGUGAGACAUCAAAACUAUGAAAUAACACAUAUGGAAUCAUGUAGUAACCUAAAAAGUGUUAAACAAAUAAAACAUAUAUUUUAGAUUCUUUUAGUCCCGUGUAGCUCAGUUGGUAGAGCAUGGCGUUUGCAACGCCAGGGUCGUGGGUUCGUUUCCCACAGGGGACCAGUAUGAAAAAAUAUAUAUAUAUUAACAAAAAUGUAUGCAGUCCCUAACUGUAAGUCGCUCUGGGUAAGAGCAACUGCUAAAUGACUAAAAUGUAAAGUAGCCACCCUUUGCCUUGAUGACAGCUUUGCACACUCUUGGCAUUCUCUCAACCAGCUUCAUGAGGAAUGCUUUUCCAACAGUCUUGAAGGAGUUCCCACAUAUGCUGAGCACUUGUUGGCUGCUUUUCCUUCACUCUGCGGUCCAACUCAUCCCAAACCAUCUCAAUUGGGUUGAGGUCGGGUGAUUAUGGAGGACAGGUCAUCUGAGGCAGCACUCCAUCACUCUGCUUCAUGGUCAAAUAGCCCUUACACAGCCUGGAGGUCAUUGUCCUGUUGAAAAACAAAUGAUAGUCCCACUAAGCCCAAACCAGAUGGGAUGGCGUAUCGUUGCAGAAUGCUGUGGUAGCCAUACUGGUUAAGUGUGCCUUGAAUUCUAAAUAAAUCACAGACAGUGUCACCAGCUGUCUGACAGUGUCAUCCGUUCACCUACUCUGCGUCUCACAAAGACAAGGCGGUUGGAACAAAAAAUCUCAAAUUUGGACUCAUCAGACCAAAGAACAGAUUUCCACUGGUCUAAUGCCCAUUGCUCAUGUUUCUUGGCCCAAGCAAGUCUUUUCUUAUUUGUGUCCUUUAGUAGUGGUUUCUUUGCAGCAAUUCGACCAUGAAGGCCUGAUUCACACAGUAUCCUCUGAACAGUUGAUGUUGAGAUGUGUCUGUGACUUGAACUCUGUGAAGCAUUUAUUUGGGCGGCAAUCUGAGGUGCAGUUAACUAAUGAACUUAUCCUCUGCAGCAGAGGUAACUCUGGGUCUUCCUUUCCUGUGGUGGUCCUCAUGAGAGCCAGUUUCAUCAUAGCGCUUGAUGGUUUUUGCGACUGCACUUGAAGAAACGUUCAAAGUUCUUGAAAUGUUACGUAUUGACUGACCGUCAUGUCUUAAAGUAAUGAUGGACUGUCGUUUCUCUUUGCUUAUUUGAGCUGUUCUUGCCAUAAUAUGGACUUGGUCUUUUACCAAAUAGGGCUAUCUUCUGUAUACAACCCCUACCUUGUCACAACACAACUGAUUGGCUCAAACGCAUUAAGUAGGAAAGAAAUUCCACAAAUUAACUUUUAACAAGGCACACCUGUUAAUUGAAAUGCAUUCCAGGUGACUACCUCAUGAAGCUGGUUGAGAGAAUGCCAAGAGUGUGCAACACUGUCAUCAAGGCAAAGGGUGGCUACUUUGAAGAAUCUCAAAUAUAAAAUACAGUGGGGAAAAAAAGUAUUUAGUCAGCCACCAAUUGUGCAAGUUCUCCCACUUAAAAAGAUGAGAGGCCUGUAAUUUUCAUCAUAGGUACACAUUUUACAUUUUUUGUCAUUUAGCAGACGCUCUUAUCCAGAGCGACUUACAGUUAGUGAGUGCAUACAUUAUUAUUUUUUCAUACUGGCCCCCCGUGGGAAUCGAACCCACAACCCUGGCGUUGCAAACGCCAUGCUCUACCAAUUGAGCUACGUCCCUGCCGGCCAUUCCCUCCCCUACCCUGGACGACGCUGCGCCGCCCCAUGGGUCUCCCGUUCUCGUCAACUAUGACAGACAAAAUGAUUAAAAAACAAAUUAUGCAAAUUAUGGUGGAAAAUAAGUAUUUGGUCAAUAACAAAAGUUUCUCAAUACUUUGUUAUAUACCCUUUGUUGGCAAUGACACAGGUCAAAUGUUUUCUGUAAGUCUUCACAAGGUUUUCACACACUGUUGCUGGUAUUUUGGCCCAUUCCUCCAUGCAGAUCUCCUCUAGAGCAGUGAUGUUUUGGGGCUGUCGCUGGGCAACACGGACUUUCAACUCCCUCCAAAGAUUUUCUAUGGGGUUGAGAUCUGGAGACUGGCUAGGCCACUCCAGGACCUUGAAAUGCUUCUUACGAAGCCACUCCUUCGUUGCCCGGGCGGUGUGUUUGGGAUCAUUGUCAUGCUGAAAGACCCAGCCACGUUUCAUCUUCAAUGCCCUUGCUGAUGGAAGGAGGUUUUCACUCAAAAUCUCACGAUACAUGGCCCCAUUCAUUCUUUCCUUUACGCGGAUCAGUCGUCCUGGUCCCUUUGCAGAAAAACAGCCCCAAAGCAUGAUGUUUCCACCCCAGUCCACAGUAGGUAUGGUGUUCUUUGGUUGCAACUCAGCAUUCUUUGUCCUCCAAACACGACGAGUUGAGUUUUUACCAAAAAGUUCUAUUUUGGUUUCAUCUGACCAUAUGACAUUCUCCCAAUCCUCUUCUGGAUCAUCCAAAUGCACUCUAGCAAACUUCAGACGGGCCUGGACAUGUACUGGCUUAAGCAGGGGGACACGUCUGGCACUGCAGGAUUUGAGUCCCUGGCGGCGUAGUGUGUUACUGAUGGUAGGCUUUGUUACUUUGGUCCCAGCUCUCUGCAGGUCAUUCACUAGGUCCCCCCGUGUGGUUCUGGGAUUUUUGCUCACCGUUCUUGUGAUCAUUUUGAUCCCACGGGGUGAGAUCUUGCGUGGAGCCCCAGAUCGAGGGAGAUUAUCAGUGGUCUUGUAUGUCUUCCAUUUCCUAAUAAUUGCUCCCACAGUUGAUUUCUUAAAACCAAGCUGCUUACCUAUUGCAGAUUCAGUCUUCCCAGCCUGGUGCAGGUCUACAAUUUUGUUUCUGGUGUCCUUUGACAGCUCUUUGGUCUUGGCCAUAGUGGAGUUUGGAGUGUGACUGUUUGAGGUUGUGGACAGGUGUAAUAAUAAAUAAUAAUAGGUCAUUUAGCAGACGCUCUUAUCCAGAGCGACUUACAGGAGCAAUUAGGGUUAAGUGCCUUGCUCAAGGGCACAUCGACAGAUUUUUCACCUAGUCGGCUCGGGGAUUAGAACCAGCGACCUUUCGGUUACUGGCACAACGCUCUUAACCACUAAGCUACCUGCCGUUAUACUGAUAACAAGUUCAAACAGGUGCCAUUAAUACAGGCAAAGAGUGGAGGACAGAGCAGCCUCUUAAAGAAGAAGUUACAUGUCUGUGAGAGCCAGAAAUCUUGCUUGUUUGUAGGUGACCAAAUACUUAUUUUCCACCAUAAUUUGCAAAUAAAUUCAUUAAAAAUCCUACAAUGUGAUAUUCUGGAUUUUUUUUUCUCAUUUCGUCUGUCAUAGUUGACGUGCACCUAUGAUGAAAAUUACAGGCCUCAUCUUUUUAAGUGGGAGAACUUGCACAAUUGGUGGCUGACUAAAUACUUUUUUCCCCACUGUAUAUUUUGAUUUGUUUAACACUUUUUUGGUUACUACAAGAUUCCAUACGUGUUAUUUCAUAGUUUUGAUGUCUCACUAUUAUUCUACAAUGUAGAAAAUAGUAAAAAUUAAGAAAAACUCUAAUGAGUAGGUGUGUCCAAACAUUUGACUAGUACUGCUAAAUGGCAUAUUACUGUGUGUGUGUGUGUAUAUGCACAACUAUUAACUAUUAACUUUAUUGACUAUGUAACUCUAAUGCUUAAAAGAUUCACUCCAAAUUUGGUCUUUGGACUCAUCACAAUAGUCCCUUAAGGGUUUGAGAAAAUAACGUUAAUGUAUUCAUAGAUAGCCACAUGCUAAAAAAACGUAUUCUCAUUAACCAUAGGACCAAAUGAUACCACAUUUGGAAUGUAUGCCCAUGGUACAGGUAUUAACUUAGUUUGGUUGAAAGAUGGCAGAGUUAAUAAGAAUUCAGAUUUUACAUGUCCAUUUAAACCACUGUAAACCCACUCCACAGUGGCCUAUAAACUUGAAACUUGUCAUCACUAUCAUGGACGUCCCUAAGAUGAACCACACUGAAUUUGGUAUUGAUGUCUAAAACAAAACAAGAACUAUAAACAACGCAUUCUAUGCAACGCUAAUGCUCAACAUCAUCUGCAAUCAUCUUCUCCUCAUGAACCAUACAUCAGAUUCACUCUAGAUGUUGUAUUUAGACUUAUUACAUUAGUCUUUAAAGUCUCAUUGUUGCUCAAAUUGUUGCUGCUUUCAAAAAUAAAUCUGUAGGUACAGGUCGGCCAUUUUUUGAAAAUCUUAUUUACAUGAACCAUUCAUCAGAUUGACACCAGAUUUGGUAUAUAGACUUGAUGAAUUAGCCUCUAAUGAAUUUGAGAAUGAUUAGUUGCUGUGUUCAAUGUUGGUCACACUACACCACUAGAUGACACCAUAUCACACCAGGGCUGUAAAAACUGAACCGAUGGACAUGGGGCCAUGACAUUUUGUAUGUAAACCUUAUGUGUAUGUCCUUAGAAGCUGUGUGAAUAUAAAGUCACUGCAACAUUAGAUGGCUGCGCCAGACCAGUUGGCCGCACUAUAGAUGUCAUUGUCACCAUAGGAUACAAGCGCAGUAACAAUUUUAUCAAGUGGACAAUGUCUCAUGCAAAUUAAUGUUAGAUUUAAAUUAUGCAGACGAACAAUGUGAAAUAUCAUGAUUAGUAUAUAGUAUAUGUAUUAUCACAUUGUUGCUGUAUUAUGUUGGCUGAGCGUAGUGAAAAGCGUAUCUUUUAUUCGGGAAAAUUAGACGCCAUUAGUCCUGUCGCUUGCGCAGUCAGCGUAUUAUAGCUGUGAGAAUGUAUUUAAGUAUUUUGGGACGCUAAUGUGAUUUAGACAAAAAUGAAGUCCUCAGAAUUCAGUGUUUUCCAUUAGCGCCGGCUGUCAGCUAAUCAGCCAGUUACAGACUCGUUUUCAGCCGGCUGCUGUUUCCACUUCAUGUUAACUAAGCUACUUUUAAUUUAAAAGUUUCAAUUCGCUAGUCCGUCAUGCUCUCUCCUGCUAGAAUGAACAAUAUGUAGCAUCUAGUGAGCGAUGACAGGGAAACGCAGUCUGCUGUCUGUCCCGCCUCCCGGUACAAUUUGUGUGCACUUUGGUUGAUUGCUGUCAAAUUUCUUUACACGGAGGAGCGUGAUGAUCAUGAAUUUGGACGUCCCUUUUAAUGUAUGUAGUAACGAUGAGUCGAAAUCAUGACUUAGCCUAAUUUAUUGUUUUUCUGGUACAUUCCAUUUAUUUUAUUUUACAUAUUUCACAAAGCCAGCCAUGCGGAGUAGUGGCGCAUAGUAGGCUAUUUACUGUGCUUUGAUUGACAAUUCAACAGUGAGUGUUGAGUGAGUGACAGUUUAUAAACUGUCGAUCUGACUGAAUAAAGUCGAUUUCUUAUAUCCCUUUGCCAUUCAUAAAUCAUGCAACGUGGUUAUAUGUCCAUGGUAUUGCAUCGGGACAAGUAAACAAAAGGAUUUCCUGGGUUUCCUUUCCUAGGAUGUCGGGGCAUGCCAGACAGUGACGCUAAAGUGAGCGACUCUCGUCAGUCAGUGUAGCCAACCGAUUCACUUCAGUGAGAGAUCUGUUCAUUUGGCUCCCUAAUAUGCAUAUGAUACUGGUAGACCUAGGCUUUUUGGCUAUUAUCUGCAAGUACAUUCUGAAAAUAACAUUCGAUGGUGACGAUUAGAACUUAUCCAAACCAAAAACCGUGCAUAGAUGACAGCAUUCGCGAGAAGCACUUCCUUUAACCACGACAAGGUGACUGGGAACAUCAUCAGACGUACUUACAGUGCAUUCGGAAAGUAUUCAGACCCCUUGACUUUUUCCACAUUUUGUUACAUUACAGACUUAUUCAAAAAUAAUAUUUUUUUUCCCUCAUCAAUCUACACACAAUACUCAAUAAUGACAAAGCGAAAAAAGGUUUGAGAUGUUUCUUCAACUUGAUUGGAGUCCACCUGUGGUAAAUUAAAUUGAUUGUACAUCAUUUGGAAGGAACACACCUGCAAAAACCAAGCCAUGAGGUCAAAGAAAUUGUCCAUAGAGCUCCGAGACAGGAUUGUGUCGAGGCACAGAUCUGGGGAAGUGUACCAAAACAUUUCUGCAGCAUUGAAGGUCCCCAAUAACACAGUGGCCUCCAUCAUUCUUAAAUGGAAGAAGUUUGGAACCACCAAGACUCUUCCUAGAGCUGGCCAUCCGGCCAAACUGAGCAAUCGGGGGAGAAGGGCCUUGGUCAGGGAGGUGACCAAGAACCCGACGGUAACUCUGGCAGAGCUCUAGAGUUCCUCUGUAGAGAUGGGAGAACCUUCCAGAAGGACAACCAUCUCUGCAGCACUACACCAAUCAGAUCUUUAUGGUAGAGUGGCCAGACGGAAGCCCCUCUUCAGUAAAAGGCACAUGACAGCCUGCUUGGAGUUUGCCAAAAGGCAGCUAAAGACUCUCAGACCAUGAGAAGCAAGAUUCUCUGGUCUGAUGAAACCAAGAUUGAACUCUUUGGCCUGAAUGCCAAGCGUCACGUCUGGAGGAAACCUGGCACCAUCCCUACGGUGAAGCAUGGUGGUGGCAUAAUCAUGCUGUGGGGAUGUUUUUCAACGGCAGGGACUGGGAGACUAGUCAGGAUCGAGGGAAAGAUGAACGAAGCAAAGUACAGAGAGAUCCAUGAUGAAAACCUGCUCCUGAGCGCUCAGGAACUCAGACAGGGGCGAAGGCCCUAAGGACAACGACCCUAAGAACACAGCCAAGACGCAGGAGUGGCUUCGGGACAAGUCGAUCGAACAUCUCUGGAGAGACCUGAGAAUAGCUGUGAAGCGACGCUCCCCAUCCAAUCUGACAGAGCUUGAGAGGAUAUUCAGAGAAGAAUGGGAGAAACUCCCCAAAUACAGGUGUGGCAAGCUUGUAGCGUCAUACCCAAUAAGACUCGAGGCUGUAAUCGCUGCCAAAGGUGCUUCAACAAAGUACUGAGUAAAGGGUCUGAAUACUUAUGUAAAUGUGAUAUUUCAGUUUUUUUAAACCUGUUUUUGCUUUGUCCUUAUGGGGUAUUGUGUGUGUGUGUGUGUGUAGAUUGAGGGGGAAAAAAAGCAAUUUAAUCCAUUUUAGAUUAAGGCUGUAACGUAACAAAAUGUGGGAAAAGUCAAGGGGUCUGAAUGCUUUCCGAAUGCGCUGUAUAUACUGUAUUCUAGUCAACGCUCAUCCUAUAUAACUACUGCUGUACACACCUUUUUCUCUUCAUAUACUGUCCAUGCUGUCUAUACAAACAAUCAUGUACAGUACAGAUAUAGUUAUUUUCCGGAUUCUGACAUUGCUCGUUCUGAAAUUUCUUUCUUUUAAAUUUUUUAGGGGAUUUGUAUGUAUGGUUUUGUAUUGUUCAGUAUUACUGCUCUGUUGAAGCUUGAAACAUAAGCAUGUCCCUGCACCUGCGAUAACAUCUGCAAAAUAUGUGUACGCGACCAAUACAUUUUGAUUUGAUUUGAAUCAUCACUGCAGGAACAAUAGGUGGCAAACCUUAUUUUGGUCAAAAUAUGAUAAUUAGGGCCCUCAUGGAAUACAGGCAUUAAAACGGAAUUCAUUGAUAUAAUUUUUUUUUAUAGACCUUAAAGGAAAGUCCCACCCAAAAACUAUCUUUUGGUAUUUGUUUCAUUAAUCCAUUGUUGACAUGGUCCCAAAAUGUUUUGCUUUUUAGCAAUCAAGUUUUAAAAAUGCAUGAUAAGGGGAUGAUUUCUAUAUUUUUUAAGUUACAUACAUUGUAUAUUCAAAUUAGUGGAUUCGGCUAUUUCAGCCACACCCGUUGCUGACAGGUGUAUAAAAUAGAGCACACAGCCAUGCAAUCUCCAUAGACAAACAUUGGCAGUAGAAUGGCCUUACUGAAGAACUCAGUGACUUUCAACGCGGCACCGUCAUAGGAUGCCACCUUUCCAACAAGUCAGUUCAUCAAAUUUCUGUCCUGCUAGAGCUUCCCCGGUCAACUGUAAGUGCUGUUAUUGUGAAGUGGAAACGUCUAGGAGCAACAACUGCUCAGCUGAGAAGUGGUACGCCACACAAGCUCACAGAACGGGACUGCCGAGUGCUGAAGCGCGUAGCUCGUAAAAAUAGUCUGUCCUUGAUUGCAACACUCACUACCGAGUUCCAAACUGCUUCUGGAUACAACGUCAGCACAAUAUCUGUUCGUCGGGAGCUUCAUAAAAUGGGUUUCCAUGGCCGAGCAGCGGCAUACAAGCCUAAGAUCAUCAUGAGCAAUGCCAAGCGUCGGCUGGAGUGGUGUAAAGCUCCCUGCCGUUGGACUCUGGAGCAGUGGAACCGCGUUCUCUGGAGUGAUGAAUCACAGAAAUGGUUUGUCGAGAUCGGUGUGGAAGAACUUGACUGGCCUGCACACAGCCCUGACCUCAACCCCAUCUAACACCUUUGGGAUGAAUUGGAACGCUGACUGCGAGUCAGGCCUAAUUGUCCAACAUCAGUGCCAGACCUCGCUAAUGCUCUUGUGGCUGAAUGGAAGCAAGUCCCCGCAGCAAUGUUCCAACAUCUAGUGGAAAGCAUUCCCAGAAGAGUGGAGGCUGUUAUAGCAGCAAAGGGCGGACCAAGUCCAUAUUAAUGCCCAUGAUUUUGGAAUGAGAUGUUCGACGAACAGGUGUUCACAUACUUUUGGUCAUGUAGUGUAUCUUAAAAACAUGAUUACUCACAAGCAAAACAUUUUCGGACUAUAUCAGCAAUGGACUAAUUAAACAAGUACCAAAAUUAUUAUUUUUUUCGGUGGAGUUUUCCUUUUAAUAGGGAAUCAACUAAAUGUAUUUCAAAUGUAUUAAUUUGCCCAAGUUUAUCAUAAGACAUGAACAGAAUGCAUAAUUGAUUCGUAUUUCCUGCAACUUUUUGAAGAGGCGACGAGAAUGCCCCUGUUUUUGUGUGUGCGGUGCGUGCGUCUAACACUUUGUGUAUCCGUUAGCAAUGAUGCUAAGGAAAACAGUCUUCUGGUGGAUGGAAAGGCUUCCCCAAAAACCUUUUCAAUUAAAUGUUAACUACAAAGUAGCCUAUGCUUACCUGGCACAAUUAUAUAAUUUUUUUAACAAUCCAGUGGGUAUUUGUUUUGCAAAUUAUACUGUUAGCACUGCUAACGGCAGCCUCUUGCUAGGUGCGAAUUAAAGGGUAAUAACUUCACCCAAAUACCAAAUUUCUCAGAUUUUUCCUAUAUCGCAAAAGUGGUCUACUGAUGUGGUUUAAGCAUUGUUGUAGACUUAGAACAUCCAAAUGUGUUGGUUUUUUUGUAUUAAAAAAGUGGGAUUUUGAGAGCGAAAACCUGAAACAAAUGGGAAAAUGGUAACCUGGAAAAACAAAACCUUUAAUUUAUUUUUCAAGGUAAUGUUGGGCUAUGUACUUUUUCUGUUUUAACCUCAUGAGCUGACAGCCUUGGAGCUAUUUUUGCCUAUAUUGUCUAUGCCUGGAUAAAAUAAAGUACAAAGAGGGCCAUGAAUACUAGACUAGUAAACCGUUAUAUCCACAGAAAACCUGGGAGCUGUAGAAUACAGUGGCCCUGUGAGCAAGACAUACUGAAUUGGCACAGCACAGGCUCAAACCAGAGGCCACCAAAAUAGAGCUCCUUCUGCAGAAAAUGUCAAGGGCAGGGGCGCCUGGCUGGCCACUUGUUUUAUUUGGCUGGCUACUCUAUGUACUUGUGGAAAACACUGAGAAUUCAUAGAUGACCGCAAUAUACACUAAUGCUGAAAAUAUUUCACAAAUCUUAACAUAAACCAUUAGUCAAAUUGACCCCAGAAUGUGUAUAUAAACACAAUACAAUAAGUAAUGACUUUAAGAAGGAUUACUUGCUGCAUUCAAACAUAACCAACCUACAGCACUAGACUAAACUUUACUUGCGUCAUCUGUUAUCUCUUGGUAUUAAGGGAUAAACAUGGUAAUGCUUUCACUGAUUGUAUGUAAAGGAAGAUAGUAUGUCUUGCUCACCAUGAUAGAGUGCUAGCUUUGUUAUUCAGGUGAUCUUGUCCUUUCUGUCAUCCUGUGAACCAGUUUAUUGCUGCUCACAGCUAUAUUGAAACAUGUAUUUUGUAGUUCAUGCAGGUAUUGCAGGUGUGUACUGAUAGUGGUUUGUUUGCUUGUGUGUUUCAGUUGAUUCCCAGUACGAUGAAGCUGGCCGGUGAAGGGUCUGAGUUUUUCUUCUAUUAUACCCUGCUGGGUAAUGACAUCACCAGUGAACCUUUCCAAAACCUGAUGAGCCCCAGCUUUGAGCCAGAGAGGGCCUCGGUCCGAAUCCGCAGCAGUGAUCCGGUUAUACUGGCCUUUCUCAGCCUGCAGCCCAGUCUUCAGGUGCUGUGCUAUCUGUCAUGCUCACACGCGCAAACUCGACGCAAAUAAUUGCUUUGCAUGAGUGUCAACAAAGUCUGGUGCCAUUAUCGUUUGAUUUUUAAUCAGAAAUAACAUAACUCCCAUAAAAUGGUGACAUAAAUGUAGCUUCAUUUGCAAAUUUUGUGAUUCUACUUGCUAUCAAUGGAAUCUGUUAGACUAGUGUUUCAUAGUCGUCUCUGUGUAUGUUUUGUCACAGGUCCACCUCUGCUGUGGGAACCACUCCCUUGGCAGCACAGAGGUCUCCCUGGCUGGCCUGGCUAAGAGCAGUGUGGACCUGGAGAAGCAGGUGGCCACAGUGGAGGGGGCCUUCAUCCUCCGGCCUCCUAACCGAGCCAAGCAAAGCUUGCCUCCUGUCCCCAUUGAUCUGCAGCCCACUGUGGGGGUGUCCGUCACACUCAGGAGAGAGGCUCUCACUACUCCGGUAAAGAAAGGCCUACACGACACAUUGAGCUAAUCACGGUUAUUAACCUACUGAUCUUGAAUGUUUAAUACCCUACUGCUGUAGGGCUCAAUUACUUGGUUACUGUCUCUGAUGUUGGUCGUCUCCAUUUUGCAUCAUUGCAAAUGACAGGAGGAACACUUUGAUAAGCUUUGACAGAGGUGGUUUCUCUCUCUCGCUCUCCUCUCUCUCUGUAUGUGUGUUGGUAGGUGGGAGGUAAUGCAGAGGGAGGAGAUGGUCCUCUGAUUCCACUGAAGACCGGGACUGUGGCGCCCGUCAUCCCUCCAUCUCCCCCUGCUGAAAAGAGGCCCCGCACCCCCUCACCUGGCAUAAAGUCCCCUGUUAAGUCUCCCACGUACCUAGCUGAGUCCCCUCCCAACCCCCGCACCGAAAGCGAGGCUGACAGCCUGCAGGAAGAAGUAGCCUCGCAGGCUCAACAUCUCCCAACUGGUAGGUGUUUGUUUGAGUGGGCUCAUUCACAUUCAUUUGGACAUUUUAGACCAUUCCAUUGGUCCUAAAGGGAAAUCUCCACCCACCGGGGUACUGGGAGACACAAAACCAAUGCGCCCUGUCUCAAGGGUUUGGCAGUAAGACCUGACAGCUUUAGUACCACUUUUGGGAAACAAAACAGUAAGCACACCCACUACACUUCCUCUAAAGGCUUUCCACACAGCAUUUUCCUUAGCCCUCGGUUAAGCCCAAGAAUUAGUCAAUUUGAAAAGCUGCCGCAGCCUCUGAACAAGAAAGCCAGGUGAAAAGCACUAACAUGUCUGUGGUUGUGUGUGUCUGUCUAACUCGGGCCUCCAGGUUCUGUCCUUGCCCCAUGCCAGGAGGAGGUGGAGUACAAGCCUGAGGGAGGCCUGUCCUCGGUCAGUGUCUCUGCACCAAAGAUAGCCAUCCCCUCCUCAGCACAUCACUACUGUUUCUCCAUGGACCUGCGCAGCAUCCGCAACCUAAACCUGGGCUUCCCCGUCAGCUGCACACUCAGGUAGAUUUUGAUGCAAAACGCAUCAUCACAGUUUUUGCUCUGUACUGAAAGUGCUCUAUCCUGAAAACUUGACUGCUGACAUGCACAAUUUUCUAGGAUUGUAUUAACAGUGGACUAAUGUAAAAAAUACUAAAAUAUAUUUGUGUAGUAUUCCUUUAACAAGCCACCGGUUUAGUCCAAUUAUUCCCCCCUUCUUGGCACAUAUAUUUGAGGGCUCGUUUUAUGGGCACAGUAGCUGGCGGUGGUGCGAAUGAGCUGGGUUUUGAUGAAUAAACAAGUUGUGGGUGUGUCGAGGCUUGGCACCUCACUGGCCAAUCCGAACGUGCUCAAUGACGAAAUACAGUGCUUCCAGAAAGUAUUCACACCCCUGGACUUUUUCCACAUUUUGUUAUGUUACAGCCGGAAUUUAAAAUGAAUUAAAUUGAGAUUUUUUUGGUCACUGGUCUACACAGAAAACCCCAUAAUGUCGAAGUGGAAUUGUUUUUAGAAAUUAAUUUUUUGUAGAAAUUUUUUUUACAAAUGGAAAGCUGUAAAGUCUUCAGUCAAUAAGUAUUCAACUCCUUUGUUCUGGCAAGCCUAAAUAAGUUCAGGAGUACAAAUUUGCUUAACAAGUCACGUAAUAAGGUGCAUGGAUUGACUCUUAGUGCAAUAAUAGUGUUUAACAUUAUUUUUGAAUGACUAGCUCAUCUCUGCACCCCACACAUACAAUUAUCUGUAAGGUCGAGCAGUGAAUUUCAAACACAGAUUCAACCACAAAGACCAGGGAGGUUUUCCAAUGCUUCGCAAAGAAGGGCACCUAUUGGUAGAUUGGUAAAAAUUAAAAAAAGCAGACAUUGAAUAUCCCUUUGAGCAUGGUGAAGUUAUUAAUUACACUUUAGAUGGUGUAUCAAUACAAAGGCACUACAAAGAUACAGGCGUCAGAGAGGGUUUUUUAUCAUUGUGGCCCAGGUGGCACAAAAUAAUCAAAGGUCUGACUGCACGGAGAUGCUUGGGAAAAAUGGUUACAACGGGGGACCAGAGUGUUUGUGUCUCAGGUGAAGAGGGUGGAUCUGACAGCAUGCUUUCUCAAUCAGCUGUAAUUGUAUGUGCACUCGUAAAUCAGGGCCUUUCUUGAGUUGGGCUCUGGGAUAUAACAACCGUUGAGUAUCUGAUUUUAUGGUGGAUUGUGGAGGAGGGGGGAUGAGUGUGUUGGAGUAUGUGAGUACAGUGGGGAAAAAAGUAUUUAGUCAGCCACCAAUUGUGCAAGUUCUCCCACUUAAAAAGAUGAGAGAGGCCUGUAAAUUUCACAUUGUAGGAUUUUUAAUGAAUUUAUUUGCAAAUUAUGGUAGAAAAUAAGUAUUUGGUUACCUAUAAACAAGCAAGAUUUCUGGCUCUCACAGACCUGUAACUUCUUCUUUAAGAGGCUCCUCUGUCCUCCACUCGUUACCUGUAUUAAUGGCACCUGUUUGAACUUAUCAGUAUAAAAGACACCUGUCCACAACCUCAAACAGUCACACUCCAAACUCCACUAUGGCCAAGACCAAAGAGCUGUCAAAGGACACCAGAAACAAAAUUGUAGACCUGCACCAGGCUGGGAAGACUGAAUCUGCAAUAGGUAAGCAGCUUGGUUUUAAGAAAUCAACUGUGGGAGCAAUUAUUAGGAAAUGGAAGACAUACAAGACCACUGAUAAUCUCCCUCGAUCUGGGGCUCCACGCAAGAUCUCACCCCGUGGGAUCAAAAUGAUCACAAGAACGGUGAGCAAAAAUCCCAGAACCACACAGGGGGACCUAGUGAAUGACCUGCAGAGAGCUGGGACCAAAGUAACAAAGCCUACCAUCAGUAACACACUACGCCGCCAGGGACUCAAAUCCAGCAGUGCCAGACGUGUCCCCCUGCUUAAGCCAGUACAUGUCCAGGCCCGUCUGAAGUUUGCUAGAGUGCAUUUGGAUGAUCCAGAAGAGGAUUGGGAGAAUGUCAUAUGGUCAGAUGAAACCAAAAUAGAACUUUUUGGUAAAAACUCAACUCGUCGUGUUUGGAGGACAAAGAAUGCUGAGUUGCAUCCAAAGAAGACCAUACCUACUGUGAAGCAUGGGGGUGGAAACAUCAUGCUUUGGGGCUGUUUUUCUGCAAAGGGACCAGGACGACUGAUCCGUGUAAAGGAAAGAAUGAAUGGGGCCAUGUAUCGUGAGAUUUUGAGUGAAAACCUCCUUCCAUCAGCAAGGGCAUUGAAGAUGAAACGUGGCUGGGUCUUUCAGCAUGACAAUGAUCCCAAACACACCGCCCGGGCAACGAAGGAGUGGCUUCGUAAGAAGCAUUUCAAGGUCCUGGAGUGGCCUAGCCAGUCUCCAGAUCUCAACCCCAUAGAAAAUCUUUGGAGGGAGUUGAAAGUCUGUGUUGCCCAGCGACAGCCCCAAAACAUCACUGCUCUAGAGGAGAUCUGCAUGGAGGAAUGGGCCAAAAUACCAGCAACAGUGUGUGAAAACCUUGUGAAGACUUACAGAAAACGUUUGACCUGUGUCAUUGCCAACAAAGGGUAUAUAACAAAGUAUUGAGAAACUUUUGUUAUUGACCAAAUACUUAUUUUCCACCAUAAUUUGCAGAUACAUUCAUUAAAAAUCCUACAAUGUGAAUUUUUUUUCUCAUUUUGUCUGUCAUAGUUGACGUGCACCUAUGAUGAAAAUUACAGGCCUCUCUCAUCUUUUUAAGUGGGAGAACUUGCACAAUUGGUGGCUGACUAAAUACUUUUUUCCCCCACUCUAGGUACAGCAAAUCCCCUUAUUUUAUGGGACACCUUUAAAUGUGCCUUUAGAAGCCAUGCAAUUCAGUACUCAUCUCGAAAACAAAAGCAAUUUAGGUCAAAAGAGUUUAUACUAACAAAGGAAAUAGAAGGUCUAACAGAACAGAUAUAUGGCAAUAAAAACUGUAACAUAGAGGCUCAGAAUAAAUUAGAGGAAAAACAAAAAGAAAUGGAGAAACUUAUUCAAGAAAGAUCAAGUGUAAUAUAUUAUAAAAAUAAAGCAAACUUGAUGGAAUAUGGGGAAAAAUGCACCAAAUUCUUUUUUAAUCUUCAACAUAGAAAUGCUACCAAAAAGAAUGUAAUGAAAUUGGUUACAAUCGACGGAGUAACCCAUGAUUCACCAAAUUAUAUUUUGAAGGAGGAAACAAGGUACUUUAAGCAUAUGUUUUCGUUGCAGUCGCCUCCAUCUCCUCUAACUGAAGCUAAUUGUAGAGAUUUUUUUCUAUUGAUAAUGUAAAAUUAACAGCCAAACAGAAAGACUCAUGUGAAGGUGAAAUUACAGAGGAGGAACUUCUGGAUGCAAUUAAAGACUUUAAGUCUGGGAAAACUCCAGGGUUGGAUGGCAUACCAGUCGAAGUAUACCAAACCUUUUUGAUAUACUAAGAGGACCGCUAUUAGCAUGUUUUAACCACUCCUAUGUAAAUGGUAGAUUAUCUGACACUCAAGAAGAAGGUCUGAUCUCAUUAUUACUGAAACAGGAUACAAGUGGAAAAUAUAAAGAUCCAGUCCAUUAAAAAAAUUGGAGGCCCCUUACACUUCAGUCUUGUGAUGCAAAAUGUAUAGGGCAUAGAAUUAAAAAGGUAUUGUCGGAUAUUAUUCAUUCUAAUCAGACAGGUAUUUUACAUGGAAGAUACAUUGGAGAUAAUUUAAGGCAAGUAUUGGAAACAAUAGAACAGGCCUGCUAUUCAUAGCAGACUUCGAAAAGGCAUUUGGUAAAGUACGACUGGGGUUUAUAUAUAAAUGCCUGGAGCAUUUCAAUUUUGGUGAAUCUCUUUAUAAAUUGGGUCAAAAUCAUGUAUAUUAACCCUAGGUGUAAAAUAGUAAAUAAUGGCUAUUUCUCAGAAAGUUUUAAACUGUCAAGAGGAGUGAAACAAGGUUGUCCACUAUCGGCAUAUCUAUUUAUUGUGGCCAUCGAGAUGUUAGCUAUUAAAAUCAGAUCCAACAAUAUCAGGGGAUUAGAAAUCCAGGGCUUAAAAACAAAGGUAUCAUUGUACGCUGAUGAUUCAUGUUUUCUUUUAAAUCCACAAAUAGAAUCACUCCGCAGCCUCAUAGAGGAUCUAGAUACAUUUUCUAACCUCUCUGGAUUACAACCAAAUUAUGACAAAUGUACUAUAUUACGUAUUGGAUCAAUAAAAAAAAAAAAAAAAUGUACAUUGCCAUGUAGUUUACCAAUAAAAUGGCCUGAUGGUGAUGUGGAUAUACUCGGAAUACAUAUCCCAAAGGAAAUAAAUGAUCUCACUUCAACAAAUUAUAAUAGAAAGUUAGCAAAAAUAGAUAAGAUCUUGCUACCAUGGAAAGGUGAGUGCCUAUCAAUUUGUGGAAAAAUCACCCUGAUUAACUCUUUAGUAUUAUCCCAGUUUACCUAUUUGCCUAUGGUCUUGCCUAAGCCUAGCGAACAGUUUUUGAAAUUAUAUGAGAAAGAAAUAUUCCAUUUUAUUUGGAACGGCAAGCCAGACAAAAUUAAACAGGCCUAUUUAUAUAAUGAAUAUGAAUUCGGAGGACAGAAACUUUAAAUAUUAAAGCAUUAGACCUAUCACUAAAAGCUUCAGUCAUACAAAAGUUAUACUUAAAUCCAAACUGGUUCUCUAGCAAAUUAGUAAGAUUGUCUCACCCCAUGUUCAAGAAUGGCCUUUUUCCCUUUAUUCAGAUUACAACCACUCACUUUCAGUUAUUUGAAAAGGAAAUAAUCUCCCAGAUAUCACUAUUUCUAAAACAAGCCAUAGAAAGUUGGUUGCAAUUUCAAUUUAAUCCUCCAGAAACGACAGAACAAAUAAUGCAACAAAUAUUGUGGUUAAACUCAAAUAUACUAAUUGACAAAACUUUGUUUUUUUUUGACAAAAUGUUUAAAAAAUGUAUAAUCUUUGUAAACGAUGUCAUCGGUAGGACUGGUGGAGUUAUGUCGCACAUGCAGCUAACAAAAACAUAUGGAAAUGUCUGCUCUACCCAAAAUUACAACCAAAUAAUUGCAGCCUUACCGCAAAAAUGGAAGAGGAAAAUGGAAGGAGGAGAAAGUAAGGAACUUGUCUGUCGGCCUUGCAUUAAAGAACAUAAUUGGUUAAGGAAAACUUUGAUAAAUAAAAAGGUAUAUCAGUUUCAUUUAAGGACCAAAGGAUUGACAGCCGUCCCAUAUUGAUUGCAAAAUAGUUGGGAAGAGAUUUUUGACAUACCGAUCCCAUGGCAUAGUGUUUAUGAACUGAUACGCAAAACGACACCAGAUUCAAAACUUAGAAUCUUUCAAUUUAAAUUAUUAUAUAAAAUUCUUGCUACCAAUAGAAUGUUAUUUAUAUGGGGGAUACAAUCUUCCCAGCUCUGCAGAUUUUGCUGCGAAGAGACAGAAUCAUUAGAUCAUUUGUUUUGGUACAGUCCAUUUGUAGCUUGCUUUUGGAAUGGCUAAAGGAUUGCAAUAUUUACCUGGAGCUAACCCUGCAGAUAGCACUACUGGGUGAUCUGAAAAGUCAUAGUCAAUCGAUCAAUAACAUAAUAAUACUAUUAGCAAAAAUGUUUAUUUUCAAUUCACAAUCUUUAGAAACAAUGAGAAUAGAAAGGUUCAGAACUUUUGUAAGACAUCACAGUACAGUUGAAAUACAGUGGGGAAAAAAUGUAUUUAGUCAGCCACCAAUUGUGCAAGUUCUCCCACUUAAAAAGAUGAGAGAGGCCUGUAAUUUUCAUCAUAGGUAUACGUCAACUAUGACAGACAAAUUGAGAGAAAAAAUUCCAGAAAAUCACAUUGUAGGAUUUUUUAUGAAUUUAUUUGCAAAUUAUGGUGGAAAAUAAGUAUUUGGUCACCUACAAACAAGCAAGAUUUCUGGCUCUCACAGACCUGUAACUUCUUCUUUAAGAGGCUCCUCUGUCCUCCACUCGUUACCUGUAUUAAUGGCACCUGUUUGAACUUGUUAUCAGUAUAAAAGACACCUGUCCACAACCUCAAACAGUCAUACUCCAAACUCCACUAUGGCCAAGACCAAAGAGCUGUCAAAGGACACCAGAAACAAAAUUGUAGACCUGCACCAGGCUGGGAAGACUGAAUCUGCAAUAGGUAAGCAGCUUGGUUUGAAGAAAUCAACUGUGGGAGCAAUUAUUAGGAAAUGGAAGACAUACAAGACCACUGAUAAUCUCCCUCGAUCUGGGGCUCCACGCAAGAUCUCACCCCGUGUGCUCAAAAUGAUCACAAGAAUGGUGAGCAAAAAUCCCAGAACCACACGGGGGGACCUAGUGAAUGACCUGCAGAGAGCUGGGACCAAAGUAACAAAGCCUACCAUCAGUAACACACUACGCCGCCAGGGACUCAAACCCUGCAGUGCCAGACGUGUCCCCCUGCUUAAGCCAGUACAUGUUCAGGCCCGUUUGAAGUUUGCUAGAGUGCAUUUGGAGGAUCCAGAAGAGGAUUGGGAGAAUGCCAUAUGGUCAGAUGAAACCAAAAUAUAACUUUUUGGUAAAAACUCAACUCGUCGUGUUUGGAGGACAAAGAAUGCUGAGUUGCAUCCAAAGAAGACCAUACCUACUGUGAAGCAUGGGGGUGGAAACAUCAUGCUUUGGGGCUGUUUUUCUGCAAAGGGACCAGGACGACUGAUCCGUGUAAAGGAAAGAAUGAAUGGGGCCAUGUAUCGUGAGAAUUUGAGUGAAAACCUCCUUCCAUCAGCAAGGGCAUUGAAGAUGAAACGUGGCUGGGUCUUUCAGCAUGACAAUGAUCCCAAACACACCGCCCGGGCAACGAAGGAGUGGCUUCGUAAGAAGCAUUUCAAGGUCCUGGAGUGGCCUAGCCAGUCUCCAGAUCUCAACCCCAUAGAAAAUCUUUGGAGGGAGUUGAAAGUCCGUGUUGCCCAGCGACAGCCCCAAAACAUCACUGCUCUAGAGGAGAUCUGCAUGGAGGAAUGGGCAAAAUACCAGCAACAGUGUGUGAAAACCUUGUGAAGACUUACAGAAAAUGUUUGACCUGUGUCAUUGCCAACAAAGGGUAUAUAACAAAGUAUUGAGAAACUUGUUAUUGACCAAAUACUUAUUUUCCACCAUAAUUUGCAAAUAAAUUCAUAAAAAAUCCUACAAUGUGAUUUUCUGGAAUUUUUUCUCUCAAUUUGUCUGUCAUAGUUGACGUAUACCUAUGAUGAAAAUUACAGGCCUCUCUCAUCUUUUUAAGUGGGAGAACUUGCACAAUUGGUGGCUGACUAAAUACUUUUUUUCCCCACUGUAUAUAUGGCAAAUAGAAAUCCUAUAUGGAUGGUGUUAAAAGAUAGAUGGGAGGUGUUGAUUGGAAUUGAAGGAUGGGACUAAUAACCACAAACAAUAACAAAAUAACUAAUAAUGUAGGCACGCUGUGUCCAUAAUAAGUGUAUGGGUUGUAGGUUGGGAGCUUUUUUGAAGGAGCACAGUUAGAAAGAUAUGGCAUAUAGAAGCAAACCGGAUGGACAUCAUGAAAAUGAUCGGAGAGGUUGAGAGUAGAAGAAGUUCAGGAGAAAGAACAAACAAAAUGUAAUUACUGUAAAAUUGACUGUGUCCAUAAAAUGUAGAUAGUGGGUAUGGGCUGGAAGUAGUGGCCUAGGCGUUGUUGUUUACUCCAAGUGGGGAAAGGGUGGCGGGUUUGGAAAGUAAUAAAGGGGAAUAUAUAUAUAUAUAUUUUUUUAAAGUAUGUGUAUAUAUGUAUGUAUGUGUAUAUAUAUAUAUAUAUAUAUAUAUAUAUCUAUAUAUAUAUAUAUAUAUAUAUAUAUAUAUAUAUAUAUAUAUAUAUAUAUAUAUAUAUAUAUAAACAUGGGGGAUUGGAAGUGAUGCAGACAAUUACAUUUAUGGAAGUUACAAUCUAUCUGCAAUAUUAAGCUGAUCUACCCCCCAAAAUUAAAAAAAGAUACAGGCGUCCUUUCCAACUUCGUUGCAGGAGAGGAAGGAAACCGCUCAGUUGGGAUUUCACUAUGAGGCCAAUGGUGACUUUAAAACAGUUACAGAGUUUUAAUGGCUGGGUUAGGGUUAUAGGACAAAACUGAGGAUGGACCAACAACAUUGUAGUUACUUCAAAAUACUAACCUAAUUAACAGCAUGAAAAGAAGGAAGCCUGUACAGAAUGAAAGAUUCCAAAACAUGCAUCCUAUUUGCAACAAGGCACUAAAGUAAUACUGCAAAAAUGCCCUUUUUGCCCUGAAUACAAAGUGUUAUGUUUGGGGCAAAUCCAAUCCAACACAUUACUGAGUCCACUCUCCAUAUUCUCAAGUAUCGUGGUGGCUGCAUCAUGUUAUGGGUAUGCUUGUAAUCAUUAAGGACUGGGGACUAAUUCAGGAUAAAAAAUAAAUGAAUUGGAGCUAAGCACAGGAAAAAUCAUAGAGGAAAACCUGGUUCAGUCUGCUUUCCACUGGCACUGUGAGAUUAAUUCACCUUUUAGCAGGACAAUAACCUAAAACACAAGGCCAAAACUAUACUGGAGUUGCUUACCAAGAAGACGGUGAAUGUUCCAGAGUGGCCUAGUUAUAGUUUUGACUUAAAUCUACUUGAAAAUCUAUGGCAGGACCUGAAAAUGUUUAUCUAGCAAUGAUCAACAACCAGUUUGACAGAGCUUGAAGAAUUUUGAAAAGAAUAAUGGGCAAAUGUUGCACAAUCCAGGUGUGGGUAGAAACACCCAGAAAGACUCACAGCUGUAAUUGCUGCCAAAGGCGCAAAAUAUUGACUCGGGUGUGAAUACUUCCAUAAAUGAGAUAUUUCUGUAUUUAAUUUUCAAUAAAUUAGCAAACAUUUCUAAAAACAUGUUUUCACUUUGUCAUUAUGGGGUAUUGUGUGUAGAUGGGUGAGGGGGAAAACAUCGAUUUAAUCAAUUUUGAAUUCAGGCUGUAACACAACAAAAUGUGGAAUAAGUCAAGGUGUAUGAAUACUUUCUGAAGGCACUGUAUAACCAAGUUUCAUGAUUUAUGAAUGGCAAAGAUGGACUUUAUUCAGUCAGUUCGCCACCUUUUAUAAACUAGUCAACACUUGCUGUUCAGUUGUCAAUCAAAGCACAGCAAAUAGCCUAUGCGCCACGACUCCGCGUGGUUAAGUGGAUUUCGACUCAUGGUUACCACAAAUACUCUCCCUGUAAUGAAAAAAAGAUUUCAACCAACCACAGAGCAUACAAAUUGUCCCAGGAGGCGGGACAGACAGCAGACUGCAUUUCCCUGUCAUCAUUCGCUUUGUGACUGACAUGCGCCUGCCUAUCUUAUCAAUAGAUCACUAGAAGAUGCAUAUUGUUUAUUCUAGCGGGAGAGGGCUCCCACUAGAAUGGUUAAUAUGAAGUGGAAAAAAUUGCAGGCGGAUAAUUUGUCUGUAACCGUCUGAUUUUAGCCGACGGCUGGAGCUAAUGAAAAACACUGCCAUAUUAAAAAUCUGAUCUAUUGAAUUCUCCAUUUGGUCUAUUUAUAGGGAACUUCAUUUAAAGCUGCAAUACGUAACUUUUUGGGCAACCCUGCCCACAUUUUUUAUUUUUAUUUUAUUUCACCUUUAUUUAACCAGGUAAACCAGUUGAGAACAAGUUCUCAUUUACAACUGCGACCUGGCCAAGAUAAAGCAAAGCGGUGCGAUAAAAACAACAACACAGAGUUACAUAUGGGGUAAAACAAAACAAAGUCAAAAAUACAACAGAAAUACAUAUAUAUACAGUGUGUGCAAAUGUAGCAAGUUAUGGAGGUAAGGCAAUAAAUAGGCUAUAGUGCAAAAUAAUUACAAUUAGUAUUAACACUGGAAUGAUAGAUGUGCAAGAGAUGAUGUGCAAAUAGAGAUACUGGGGUACAAAUGAGCAAAAUAAAUAACAAUAUAGGGAUGAGGUAGUUGGGCGGGCUAAUUUCAGAUGGGCUGUGUACAGGUGCAGUGUGUACAUUAACGUAAACAGUUAUAGAUCUGUAAUUCUCUCUGAAAGCAAGUCUAAGAAGUGGUAGAUCUGUUCUAUAUGUGCUCUUUCUGUGCUUCCCGUUCUUAAGUUUAGUUUUUCCGUCUUUUACUUUCGGUUUUGUACACCAGUUUAAAACAGCUGAAAAUACAAUAUUUUUGGUUAUUGAAAAUAUAUUUCACAGCGGUUUAGAUGGUACAAUGAUUCUCUACACUUGCUUGCUUUGUCACAUAUAAACUGAAAUUAGACAUACUAUUAUCAUUUUAGCAAGCAGGAAAUGGCGGAGUGAUUUCUGCAAUUGCACCUUUAAUAUAACAGGAUUUUAAAAUUCUAUAUUGUUACAGGCACUAUUUUCGUGGAACAACCCAAGUAUUUUCUCUCGUUCCAGGUAUGCGUACCAGUUUUUCGGGAGUGCCGCCCCCAUCAUGACCAACCCCCCGAUGGAGGUGAAGAGGAACAUGGAGGUGUUCCUGCCCCAGUCGUACUGUGCCUUUGACUUUGCCGCUCUGCCUCACCAACUCCAGGACACCUUCCUCAGGUGUCUGUCACAUUCUAGAGGAAUACGUGAUGCAUGCUCUUUUAGGGGCUUGUUGAUGGUUGUGCCUACUUGCUUCAUUGUGCCAAAGGGGUGUUUUUGACCUAGCACUAAUCAAUGGCUUGAUGAUGAGUUGGUUAGUUGAAUCAAGUGUGUUAGUGUUAGGGCAAAAACUAAAAUGUGCACUCCUUAGGGUCCCCAGGAUCAGGGGCCUCAUUUAUCAAAAGUGCGUGCGCACAAAAACACACUCUAAACCUUGCGUAUGCCAUUUUUCCACGAAGGUUAGUAUUUAUCCAUUUUGAACUUGAAGAAAGGGUGCGUAUCUCCACGUACAGCUCAGGCCUUCUAGUGGUUGAUCAAUUGUAUUGCAAGCAAAUAUUGUUAUUUUGGGGAAAUGUAAGUGUUUGAUGUCUUUGAAUUAUAAUAAUGUUAACGGAUGCAUUUGCCGUUGGUAAGGAGAUUGCAUAGCAGCAUGUAGUCUAAUAUGUUUCUUUUACUUUUAUUAUAUAGGCCUAAAUCAUAAUCCUAUUGCAGGACUGGUUUAUUCCCGCUACACAACAAAUAUUAGGCUCCAAUUUAUCCAUCGCUCAUUCAAUAGCCAAGCAUGCUCGAAAGUAAAUAGACCGCUAACCUGUUUGACGGUAUGGGUAGGCUACAGUAUUGCUAUGCGAUAGGAGCUUGACAUCAUAGCCUAUUUGAUCUCAGAGCCUAUACCAAGACAGGAGAUAAUCAUAAUCGUCUAUUGAUGAACAUAAUAUUGAACAAACAUUUGUAUUUUACAUAGGAGUGUUGUCUGUAGCAUGUACUUUCAACAUUUUAGAAUUAGGGAUGCAAUUUUCGGUCAAUUUUGCUGCCAACUAACAGACCCUCAUUGACCGGUCAACAAACAGUAAAACAUUUCCCAAACAGUAAAAUUAGGUGACCAACAGAAAAUACUAUGCAUGCAUGCAUGCAUGCAAGGAAUGGACAUUUUCCAUUAAGAGCUUAAUGAAAAAAUGCAGCAAUAGAAAACACUGUUGUAAACAGCACUCCUAAUGCGAGCGGUUACAUGUGACAGAUGGAAAUCUCUGUUAGAAACUAAGAGGGGUAAUCUAGUAGCAACAACUAGGAUGGGUUGCUAAUAUGACUAGGAUUGUGCUUUUGGCUACUGGACAAUGAAAGCAAGUUGAUAUGAAAACCAAUAGAACAGGAGAAAAAUGCUGGUUAAUGGCAUGAGGAAGUCGUUAUAAAAUAAUUGCCUCCCACAUUUCAGUGGUUGGAUUUUGGCUAGGCUACUUUGAAGCAAAGUUAGACAUUCCUCAUUAUUUGAAGUAAAGUCAAAUGUUCAGGUUUCAAACAAUUAUACUGCCUCAAGCUCACAUUGCAAUGUGAUGGGUGACGCAGUGAUAUCCUGCCUACCAUUGACUAUAGCCUAUGCACUCGAAUGGCGAAUGGGAGGCGUUGAGAUUGAGAAAUAAAAAUAGUAGCUAUUUUUAAUCGUGGCUAUCUACAGUUUUUACCAUGCAAUUUGCAUUUAGAAUUGUUAUUUGUUGCGCAAUGACUGGGCUUAUAAAAGUACCUAUUUCACUCCAGUACUUGCCGAUUAAACUCGACUCCACGAUUUACGAUGGGGUUGAGCGGCAACUAGCGUAGGCAGACUGGAGCUCAGACAUCACAUAAAAGUAACGUUUCAGCACCCAAAGAAUAGCCCGCAAUUACACACAACAUUGGGGAAUGUAGCGUUCUCCUGGCAUCCGCCAAACCCAGAUUCGUCCGUCAGACUACCAGAUGGUGAAGCGGGAUUCAUCACUCCAGAGAACGUGUGGCAUUGCGCAUAGUGUUCUUAGCCUUGUGUGCGGCUGCUCGGCCAUGGAAACCCAUAUCAUGAACCUCCCGACGAACAGUUCUUGUGCUGACGUUGCUUCCAGAGGCAGUUUGGACUCGGUAAUGAGUGUUACAACCGAGGACAGACUAUUCUGUUACGCGCAAAAUGCUUCAGCAUUCGGUGGUCCCGUUCUGUGAACUUGUGUGUCCUACCACUUCGCGGCUGAGCCGUUGUUGCUCCUAGAUGUUUCCACUUCACAAUAACAGCACUUACAGUUGACUGGGGCAGCUCUAGCAGGGCAGAAAUUUUACGAACUGACUUGUUGAAAAGGUGGUAUCCUAUGACUGUGCCACGUUGAAAGUCACUGAGAUCUUCAGUAAGGCAAUUCUACUGCCAAUGUUUGUCUAUGGAAAUUGCAUGGCUGUGUGUUCGAUUUUAUACGCCUGUCAGCAUCAAGUGUGGCUGAAAUAGCCAAAUCGACUAUUUUGAAGGGGUGUCCACAUACUUUUGCGUGUGUAUGUAUAUAUAUAUAAUUCCACUAAAUAAUGUAAAUUAUCCUAUAGACCGAUAAGUAUGACGGUCAAAUUUAUUUUUGGCUUUGACUGCUAAAUGAUUAAUGGUUAACCGUUAACAUCCCUAGUUUGAAUAGACAAUGAAAAAGUCUCUACAGAAAUGUGAUUACAUUUGCCAUUGUGCUUUCUUUUAGAAACUGUCAUGGCCCAAUUUCCAACAUUUUCAAAUCAUACAGCAUUUUUGCUACAAUAAAAGGUGAAUGGAGGGUAUUUUCCAGGUGGGGUUGUGAUGCUUGUUCACAAGCACACAUGUAUAGUAUGGCUCUGAUUUAUCAUUGAAAACAUCCGUAUAUGUUGCCUGCAACAGUUUGAUAAAUCCCAAUCAUUUGCUGCGCAUUCAAAUCCAAGAAUCUCCACGUACUCCAGAAUUUUUAAUGAAAUUUAGUACGCAUGGUUGAUAAAUGAGGCCCCAGGAUUGGGAAACACUGUAGCUCGUUGAUGAUUGUCUACUUGUUUCAUUUUGCUUGUGUACAGAUAAGACAACUCAAGGUUUCUUUGAUUUACAGUGCCUUCAGAAAGGACCCUUAACUAUUUCAGUAUUUUGUUACAUUACAGCCUUAUUCUAAAAUGGAUUUAAAAAAAAUUAUCCUCAGCAAUCUAAACACAGUACCCCAUAACGACAAAGCGAAAACAGGUUUUUAGAAAUGUUUGCAAAUGUAUUCAAAAUAAAAAACAUAAAUACCUUAUUUACAUAAGUAUUCAGACCCUUUGCUAUGAGACUUGAACUUGAGCUCAGGUUCAUCCUGUUUCCAUUGAUCAUCCUUGAGAUGUUUCUACAACUUGAUUGGAGUCCACUUGUGGUAAAUUCAAUUGAUUGGACAUGAUUUGGAAAGGCACACACCUUCCUAUAUAAGGUCCCACAGUUGACAGUGCAUGUCAGAGCAAAAACCAAGCAAUGAGGUCGAAGGAAUUGUCCGGAGAGCUCCGAGACAGGAUUGUGUCGAGACUCAGAUCUGGGGAAGGGUACCAAAACAUUUCUGCAGCGUUGAAGGUCCCCAAGAACACAGUGGCCUAUAUCAUUCUUAAAUGGAAGAAAUUUAGAACCACCAAGACUCUUCCUAGAGCUGGCCGCCCUGCCAAACUGAGCAAUUGGGGGAGAAGGGCCUUGGUCAGGGAGGUCACCAAGAACCCGAUGGUCGCUCUGACAGAGCUCUAGAGUUCCUCUGUUGAGAUGGGAGAAACUUCCAGAAAGACAACCAUUUCUGCAGCAGUCCACCAAUUAGGCCUUUAUGGUAGAGUGGCCAGACGGAAGCCACUCCUCAGUAAAAGGCACAUGACAGCCCACUUGGAGUUUGCCAAAAGGCACCUAAAGACUCUCAGACCAUGAGAAACAAGAUUCUCUGAUGAAACCAAGAUUGAACUCUUUGGCCUGAAUGCCAAGCGUCACAUCUGGAGGAAACCUGGCACCAUCCCUACGGUGAAGCAUGGUGGUGGCAGCAUCAUGCUGUGGGGAUGUUUUUCAGUGGCAGGGACUGGGAGACUAGUCAGGAUUGAGGGAAAGAUGAACGGAGGAAAGUACAGAGAAACCUGCUCCUGAGCGCUCAGGACCUCAGACUGGGGCGAAGGUUCACCUUCCAACAGGACAACAACCCUAAGCACACAGUCAAGACAACGCAGGAGUGGCUUUGGGACAAAUCUCUGAAUGUCCUUGAGUGGCCCAGCCAGAGCCCAGACUUGAACCCGAUCUAACAUCUCUGGAGAGACCUGAAAAUAGCUGUGCAGCAACGCUCCCCAUCCAACCUGACAGAGCUUGAGAGAAUCUACAGAGAAGAAUGGGAGAACCUCCCCAAAUACAGGUGUGUGUGCCAAGCUUGUAGCGUCAUACCCAAGAAGACUCGAUGCUGUAAUCGCUGCCAAAGGUGAUUCAACAAAGUACUGAGUAAAGGAUCCGAAUAAUGAUUUUGUAUAAAAACCUGUUUUUGCUUUGUCAUUAUGGGGUAUUGUGUGUAGAUUGAGGAGGAAAAAAAACAAUUUAAACAAUUUUAGAAUAAGGCUGUAACAAAAUGUGGAACAAGUCAAGGGGUCUGAAUACUUUCUGAAGGCACUGUAAAUACCCAUUAAUGUACACCUUUUUAAGGGGAAACUUCACCCUGGAGCCCACCAGAGGUUCUAUACCCACUGUGCUGGGGAGGCAUGUAGCCUGGCGGGUAGGAGCGUUGGGUCAGGCAGCCUGGCGGGUAGGAGCGUUGGGCCAGUAACCGAAAGGUUGCUGGAUCGAAUCCCCGAGCAGACAAGGUCAAAUCUGUCGUUCUGCCCCUGAGCAAUGCAGUUAACCCACUGUUCCCCGGGCUCCGUGGAUGUCUAUUAAGGCAGCCCCCCGCACCUCUGAUUCAGAGGGGUUGGGUUAAAUGCGGGAGACACAUUUCAGUUGAAUGCAUUCAGUUAUACAACUGACUAGGUAUCUCCCUUUCCCUUGUUAAUGGAUUUUUCUCAUUGGUGUAGGGUGCCCCUAGUGGUGGAGGUGUGGCACAAAAAUCCCAGCUCCAGAGACAUUCUCCUGGGCACGGCCAGCAUUCAGCUGUCCCACCUCCUGACUGCAGAGAAGAGCCGCUUCCUGGGCCCCACGGGCCAGCAUCACUGGAGGCAGACCUUCUCCGAGAGGAUCCAAGUCAUAAAGGCCCAAGGGUACAGUCCUGUCUCUGUCAUGCUACAAAUAGAGACUCUUAGAAGAUACAGUGAGGGAAAAAAGUAUUUGAUCCCCUGCUGAUUUUGUACGUUUGCCCACUGACAUAGACAUGAUCAGUCUAUAAUUUUAAUGGUAGGUUUAUUUGAACAGUGAGAGACAGAAUAACAACAACAAAAUCCAGAAAAAUGCAUGUAAAAAAUGUUAUGAAUUGAUUUGUAUUUUAAUGAGGGAAAUAAGUAUUUGACCCCUCUGCAAAACAUGACUUAGUACUUGGUGGCAAAACCCUUGUUGGCAAUCACAGAGGUCAGACGUUUCUUGUAGUUGGCCACCAGGUUUGCACACAUCUCAGGAGGGAUUUUGUCCCAAUCCUCUUUGCAGAUCUUCUCCAAGUCAUUAAGGUUUUGAGGCUGACGUUUGGCAACUCGAACCUUCAGCUCCCUCCACGGAUUUUCUAUGGGAUUAAAGUCUGGAGACUGGCCAGCCAACUCCAGGACCUUAAUGUGCUUCUUCUUGAGCCACUCCUUUGUUGCCUUGGCCGUGUGUUUUGGGUCAUUGUCAUGCUGGAAUACCCAUCCACGACCCAUUUUCAAUGCCCUGGCUAAGGGAAGGAGGUUCCCACCCAAGAUUUGACGGUACAUGGCCCCGUCCAUCGUCCCUUUGAUGCGGUGAAGUUGUCCUGUCCCCAGAGCAGAAAAACACCCCCAAAGCAUAAUGUUUCCACCUCCAUGUUUGACGGUGGGGAUGGUGUUCUUGGGGUCAUAGGCAGCAUUCCUCCUCCUCCAAACAUGGCGAGUUGAGUUGAUGGCAAAGAGCUCGAUUUUGAUCUCAUAUGACCACAACACUUUCACCCAGUUCUCCUCUGAAUCAUUCAGAUGUUCAUUGGAAAACUUCAGACGGGCCUGUAUAUGUGCUUUCUUGAGCAGGGGGACCUUGCGGGGGCUGCAGGAUUUCAGUCCUUCACGGCGUGGUGAGUUACCAAUUGUUUUCUUGGUGAGUAUGGUCCCAGCUGCCUUGAGAUCAUUGACAAGAUCCUCCCGUGUAGUUCUGGGCUGAUUCCUCACCGUUCUCAUGAUCAUUGCAACUCCACGAGGUGAGAUCUUGCAUGGAGCCCCAGGCCGAGGGAGAUUGACAGGUCUUUUGUGUUUCUUCCAUUUGCGAAUAAUCGCACCAACUGUUGUCACCUUCUCACCAAACUGCUUGGCGAUGGUCUUGUAGCCCAUUCCAGCCUUGUGUAGGUCUACAAUCUUGUCCCUGACAUCCUUGGAGAGCUCUUUGGUCUUGGCCAUGGUGGAGAGUUUGGAAUCUGAUUGAUUGAUUGCUUCUGUGGACAAGUGUCUUUUAUACAGGUAACAAGCUGAGAUUAGGAGCACCCCCUUUAAGAGUGUGCUCCUAAUCUCAGCUCGUUACCUGUAUAAAAGACACCUGGGAGCCAGAAAUCUUUCUGAUUGAGAGGGGGUCAAAUACUUAUUUCCCUCAUUAAAAUGCAAAUCAAUUUAUAACAAUUUUUGACAUGCGUUUUUCUGGAUGUUUUUGUUGUUAUUCUGUCUCUCACUGUUCAAAUAAACCUACCAUUAAAAUUAUAGACUGAUCAUGUCUUUGUCAGUGGGCAAACGUACAAAAUCAGCAGGGGAUCAAAUACUUUUUUCCCUCACUGUAUUAUCAUCAGGAGUCAAGUCAUGUGUGGCUGCAGUUCUAUGUAUGCUUGCUAGAUGGCACCCUUGACUGCCUCUUGACUGCUUGGUUGAGCUAGUGUUAGUACGGUGUGAAACAACUUGUGUGUGUGUGUCUCCUUCCACAGGCCCAGUGAAACGGUGGCUGACCUGUACUACGUCACAACCCUGGAGGACCUUGGUUUAGUCAAGGUCCAAGAUAUCCUCAUAUCCGAGUCCUCCCAGGUACAAUGUGCCACAUGCUGUAUGUUUGUACCUGAGUUGAUGCUUUUUGAUUUGUGGACAACUAAUACUGUAAUUUACCACUUGAGCUGUAGUGUGAGAGACCAAGCGGAAGUCCAGGGCACAUAUUCUAUUAUUAUUAUCUCAAGAGUAGGUCUCCCCUGCCCAUGUAAUCAGAUUCAUUCUAAUUUAAAAACCCAAACUGAUCCUGGAUCAGCACUUCUACUCAGAGACCCUUUGUGAAUAAGGGACUGGUCAAGGCCCAUAUUUAUAAAGUGUCUCACAGUAGAAGGGCGGAUCCAGGUUCAGUUUAGCCUUUUAGAUCAUAAUAUAUAAUAUGAUCUUGUAUUGUGACAGAAUGGGCAUCCUGUGGCACAGAAGACGGUGCCAGCUCCGCAACCAGCACCUCCCAGCAAUGCAGGUGGGGUCCCCCGCGAGACGCUGGAGUACAGGGCUGCCCUGGAGCUGGAGAUGUGGAAGGAGAUGCAGGAGGAUCUCUUCGAUGACCAGGUGGCUAUACUGCAGUGAAUGUGUUAUUGAAGCAGUUCCAUUGAUGCCUUUUUGUUUUUGUACAAAUGUGUGUGUGUGUGUGUGUGUGUGUGUGUGUGUGUGUGUGCGUGCACCGUCCUCAGCUGAAGAAGAAAGAGCUGGGCCACAUGCAGGCGCUGGCCGAGGAAUGGAAGAAGAGGGAUCGGGAGCGCGAGUCUCUGGUCAGAAAGAAGGUGCACAAUUACUGCAAGAGCUACAAUAACUGCCUUUACUGAUUACAACACCUCAACAAUGAUUCUGUAAUGUAGGAGUAGGUUGACGUUGGCCCUAGAUGCUGAUCCUGGGUCAGUUUUGCAUUUCCCCCAGUAAUGGUUAAGGUUUGGAUUGGGGGAGGGGAAGAUUAUCCUAGAUCUGUACCUAGGGGAAACUUCAAUCCGGAGCAUUAUACUUUUCUUAUGGUCGUUAUGUGACAGAAGGCCCUCGUGAUGUGUUCCCAGGAGGCAGAGUACAACAUCUUGGAAGAGCAGCUUCAGAAGACUCUGGCUGACUUGGAGAAGAGAGAGAAGCAUUUAGCCCAUGCAGAAAUGGAGGUUGGUUUAUUUGUAUUUUCACAUUUCAAGGAGACCACGGGACGCACAGUGUAAUGUAUAGGGCUCCUGUAUAGGGCUCCUGUAUAGGGCUCCUGAGUGGCGCAGUGGUCUAAGGCACUGCAUCGCAGUGCUAACUGUGCCACUAGAGAUCCUGGUUCGAAUCCAGGCUCUGUCGCAGCCGGCCGCGACCGGGAGACUCAUGGGCGACGCACAAUUGGCCCAGCGUUGUCCAGGGUAGGGGAGGGAAUGGCCGGCAGGGAUGUAGCUCAGUUGAUAGAGCAUGGCGUUUGCAACGCCAGGGUUGUGGGUUUGAUUCCCACGGGGGGCCAGUAUAUAAAAAUAAAAUAAAUGUAUUCACUAACUGUAAGUCGCUCUGGAUAAGAGCGUCUGCUAAAUGACUAAAAUGUAAAAUGUAAAUGUAUAGUACAGUAUAUAUAGUCUUACAAAUGUGAAACUGCACAUGCACUGGGUGCAUUCUGACUGCCUGAUACGCACCCUGUAGUCACCUCACUCAUGGAGCCGGUCUCGCUACACCUUAAAUGACAGUAUUCUACGUAGUGCAACUGUCCCCCAAAAUAAUGUAAACAUUUUUCCAUAGUGUUGUUCAACAGAAAUCAGUUAAAUUCCUGUAAAGGCAAAAUACAUUUAAACGACAUUAAACAUCAACAUUUACAGACAUGACAUAGAUGAUAAUGACCACAUAAAACAGAGUUAUAGAUAUAAAGUAUGUAGAAAAGAUAAUGGAGCUAUAUAUUUUUUGUUAAGAUCAUCUUUGAGAAUUAACAUUCACAGAAAUUAAAAACUAAACAGUCCUUGAGAAUCUAAAAUGCCAAAAAUGUCAUGCAUGGGGCUCGGACCCGGCUCCACAAGGGGGCAAAAGAGGGCCCCUCAGUUGAAACUUGUCCCCUCAGUUUUAGUUUUAUGUCCCUAUAUAAAUAUAGCAAAAAAGUUCAAAUGAUUGGGUGGCAGGUUGGCGCAAAAUGUGUAUCUCCCCUUCGCUGUGUCAGCACAAUGGAUAGAGUGUGCUGCGGUGUGUGUAGGGGGCUAUGGAAAGACACUGGGGCAAUUAGGUAUGACUCCUUUGGGUUUCCAUAAAAAGCAGGAAAAAACAAGCUUCACUUAGUGGUCGUUCACGCAAUGUCUGAGAAUGCGCUGGAGGACAUUUUUUAUGGCUGUGACUCACUAGUUCUUAACGAAACCAACAGUGGCUGCCCUGUACACUGGAGAAACCUUGAAAAGUCUAAUGGAUCAAAGGUGGACCGGACGCCUGGCUACUGUGUCAGUGGUUGGUAAAAGUUGUGAGAGCAUUGUGAAGUUCCUCUGACAUCGAAUGCACGCGUUCGUACAACACAGAAGUAAGACUUGAGGCUACAGGGCUGCUGAAGGCGGUGACAGAGCCCGGCUUUAAGUUUGUAGCCACCAUGAUGCACAGGAUCCUCAAUCUUCUCGAUCCUCCAAACAAAUGACUUGAGGCAAACGCAAACGGAUCUUUACACUGGAGUCAAAGUGGUCCGAGUGCGUCGAGAAGCUGAGGUGUGACAGAGUUCAAAGUCAUUUGGGCAUAGUGCAGUGCUGAUGCUGUCAUUUGGUGAAAUGUCAGAACGAUUCAGCGAACCCACCAGCCAACUGGAGGAGGACCUGUGUGCCCUUUGACCCAGAGAGACUUUCUAGAUGUGAAAAGGGUGAAACAUUCACCUUUUGUUUACUGCGUUUGUUUAGUGUUAAUGUAACUAGCCUAAAUAUAGAUGGUGUCAUGCGUUUAUCAUAUCUGAUAAAUUCAGUAUUUUUGUUUGCAUGCAUGAAUAACUAGGCUACUACUUUCAGCAUUUAGUUUGCAUUAUUUUAGGAAGACAGCUGUGUGUACGGCUGCAUUCACAUAGGCUGUUUGUAACAGGUGAAUUACCCUAUCUAUCUUGUAGCCUAUAUUCAUUACCAAAACGGCCUUGCGCUGUCCAUUGUGCUGAUACAGAGCAGCGGAGAUGGGCUACAGAUUUCGCGCCAACCUGUCACUUCAAAAGCACUCAAUGUUCUCGGAGUCUCGGCAUAUGAACAUUGUUUAUUGUGGUAUAGCGUGAUAUAAGCAGAAUUCAAUAUUAUUCCAAUGCAGGAACCCCAAAAAUGGUGCCCCCCUCGUCGAUUUCAACUGCCCCAUUAAUCACUUCAUCCUGGCGCUGAGACUGAUGGGGCUCCCAUUGAUUUUGUUAUAAUGUUUGAGUCACUCAGAUAGCAUAAGAACACUGCAUAAGCCAUGGCAAAAUGUGUAGAACUGCAAAAAAAAGUAUAUUGUCACAUACACCGGAUAGGGAACUAGCUUUAAAACUGCACUUUUUCUCUCAGCCCCAUGGCAAAAUGUGUAGAAUUGCAGGGAAUUAGCUUUAAAACAGCAACAUUUUGUCUCUGUGGCCAAGAGGAGGGCCUCUAAAAUUGUUGGUCGGAGACCGUGCCAUUGGCCAUGCCCACUACCCCCCACUUGCGAACUUUGCCACCGCUGCAGAAACAAAUUAUUGGGGAAAUACUGCAUCAGGAUAGAAAUUAUUCACCAUAGGUUGAAGGUAAUCACUCAGAAUGGCUGUGUAUUUAUUGCAGUUUAUCUUGCCCUCUAAGGGGUUGAGUGGACUUAAACCAUGCCAGAAAAAUGCACACCAUAACACCACACCAUAACAGAACCCUGUAUCAUUAACCCCAGCAUCACUGCUUGUGCUUUCAGAUGCAGCGCUUGCAGAGGGAGAUGCGUGCUGAGCAUGAGUUAAGCAUGCGCAAGCUGCAGGAGAGCGGCCAGCGGCUCCGCGAGGACUGCGCUCACCAGUUGGAUCUGGAGAGGUCAAGGGUCAGGCAGCUGGAGGAGGAGCAUGGCAGGCAGCAACAGCAGGUAGGCGUCAGGGCGCUGGGCUGGUGAAGGGAUACUAGGCUGGCCCGCUCAAUGCCCCUCCCUGGGAGGGGGGGUGAGAAUUGACGACGAGGUCAAUGGGCCAUGUCAUCCCCCCCAUGGACAUAGUGAAAUGGACAAAAAAGAUAGAAGAAAGCAGGACGGGUCAGUCAUUGGCACGGGUCAGACGGACACCGGGGCUACUGCCAGGCCUCUGGCCUCUUGCAGUCUCUAAGGAUACCAUCAAUAUCUGACCAGCCGUGACCAUCCAACCCCGACCUGCUGUGUUCUCUGUGUAGGCUACAGUAUGCAAUGAGAUGUCGGUUCUUUUCAGUCCCACUCCACCCCCCCAGUAUGCUCUGGAUGUUUUACAGUAAAGCAGAAAAUAUGUCAUUUUCGCUAGAAUCUCUCUCUCCCUCGUCCUCCUCGCAGACAAACCCACUUACUGAAAUAGUUGUCUGCCGUCUCAUUUUCCCAGAAAAUAUCUGGACUCUCCGGCCAUAACAAAUCAAGCAAAGUAGGUUUCUGACAUGCGGAAAGAAGGCAGUGCUGAGAAAUCUGCUAGCCAGUCUGCCACGCGGCUCUAUAUCUUGUCUCUCCAUGUCAGGAAUGUGUAAACACACAUUUGUCGUCCUCUGUCGGCACACACCAGAGCCCGUUUAUCAGGCCUGGAUCCAUCCACCCUGCCUGCCAGCCCUUCCCAGCCUUCCAGCCCAGAAUACCAGGCAUUGUGUGUGGGGUUUGUUGCUCUGCUGCCUGCCUUGUCUAAAAGACAGACAGGAGAACAUUGAGAACCGCACAAUCUCAAUUACGCUGGGGUUUUGGACGUCAACAAACACCAGCUAGGCUCCUUCUAUGAUUUCGAGGCAUUUGGCAUUUGUUUAUUAGUCAGUGGAAGCAUUGCAUAGGACUCACGGCCAUCAAUGAAAGUUAUUACCGUAUAAUGUAUUAUUCAUGUUUGUGGUUUGCGCUCCUAGCCAAGUGUCAAAUUGACAAUGAGUCAUGAGCUACUCUCCUGUUCUCUGUUUAGUCAGAGCAGUUGUAAGGUUGUUAAAAUGUAACACUGGCAGUUAAGCCUAUGGGUGACAUUUAUUUUUAUGCAAAAUAAUUUAGGAAAGUGCAAAAAAUACCAUAAUCAUCAUUAUAAUCUGUGAGAUUAAAUGUGAAACCUUUCUUCAACAAUUGUGCGGUGAUUAUUUAACUAGAGUUUAGUAAAUUGAGCAAUACAUAAAUAGUCGCCUCUUUAUAACACACAUUGUUGAAGAAGAGUUUUAAAUUUAAAUCACAUUGCCAGAUUGAGGUUUAUGGUAAGUUUUUUUGCACUUUGCACAAUUAAAUUACAUUGCACUACGAAAAUGUCGCCCUGUGUGUGUAACACAUGACAUAAUUGGUAGUGAUGAGGAACAAUAUUUUUCAGUUUCGCUCCUCAUAGUAAGUUCUUCUGUCUCUUCUGUUGUAGAUGCUGGAUGCAGAUAACAAAUACAAACUGCUGGAGAAGGAGUACCAGCAGUUUCGGGAGCAGCAGAGCAUUCGCCCUGAGAUCAGACUACAGUCUGAGAUCAACCUGCUAAGUUUGGAGAAGGUGAGCACAUCAGCUUCUAACUAUACACCUUACAUAAUCCCAGUUCUCUGAUAUUCUAAGUGACGUAUUUCACAGUGGGAUUUCAUUCCGAAACUCCCAUAACUUGAAAUAACCAAUCACAAACGUCUGUUGGAGACAGACCUGGAGAGCAGAUAAUAUGGUGCGCCCUCACCCUGUGUAAAGGCGCCACUCUCCUGCUCACUGCCAAAUGUUUUCAAACAUGCUUCUCUUCCUCGUCUUGCGAGCAGGGAAGUGUGGUGAAAUACUUCACUCAUAAUAUCAGAUAACCGGGGUUAUGUAAAUAACCUUGUUCUCUUUCAAUUACCCGUUCCGUAUUUGACGGUGGGAUAUGGUAAACUCCCGUAUCGCAAAACUGAGGGUGCACGCUCCGUAAAGGCACAGAAACAAACCAUCGGGAAGAAGUUCAACAGUGAGGGGAUGCCCAUAAACAAAGCAUUAUAUCUCAAAGGAGAUACCCCAAAAGAAAACCUGCUCAUGUCUCUGUAGUAGAGGGCCGUCGCAAGCCCCCUCCAAAGGCCGACACACAACUAUUAGAAGAAAUCAUAAUAUAUCCCACUAUCCCAAUUAGAGACUGAUCGAUAAAUUGGUUGAUUGAUAUUAUCGGCCGAUAUUAGCCUUUCACAGAAAUAUUUGUAUUGAUCUUUAUUCAACAGAUAAAGUGCUGAUAUUAUAUACAUAGAAUGAACAAAUACGUCUGCUCAUUUUUUUAAUGUUUCAAUGGUUGCCUGAAGAGGGCGCUCUAUGAGCUGCUCAUUGAACAUCAUUUCAGCUCCUAAGUCACGACGUGAGAGAGAGUGGGCAUGGUGGCUUGCCAGCGACAGCAUAGUUGAAUAAGUAAAUAAUCAAAAGUACACUUCACCAAGCAAGCAGCCCUGUCCUCAUCACUUGCACACAUAGCUAGCCAGCAGUGUAGUUGGGCUCUAUCAAGCCAGUUAGGUAGUUAGCCAAGCUAGCUAGCUAGCUAUCAAUUUGUACUUCUUAUGUGCGAACGCUGGACGGACGCCAAAGUGAACACCUACUCAUCCUUGAUACAAAAUAUGCAAUCUGCAAAAAAAGCAAGACUGUUGGCGCAGAUCUAUCGUUCAGGCCAUGUGCGUGUAUUCAUGAUGAGAUAAGAUUUAUUUUUAUUUGUUAUUUUUUUAGGUGGUAGAUCAGCUUUAAUAUUGCAGAUAGAUUGUAACUUCCAUCAAUGUAAUUGUCUGCAUCACUUCCGAUCCCCCAUAUGUUUUUUUGUUGUUGUUGUUUUUCGCAUACAGUGAGGGGGAAAAAGUAUUUGAUCCCCUGCUGAUUUUGUACGUUUGCCCACUGACAAAGACAUGAUCAGUCUAUAAUUUUAAUGGUAGGUUUAUUUGAACAGUGAGAGACAGAAUAACAACAAAAAAACAAAACCCUUGUUGGCAAUCACAGAGGAUUUUUUCCCACUCCUCUUUGCAGAUCUUCUCCAACCUUCAGCUCCCUCCACAGAUUUUCUAUGGGAUUAAGGUCUGGAGACUGGCUAGGCCACUCCAGGACCUUAAUGUGCUUCUUCUUGAGCCACUCCUUUGUUGCCUUGGCUGUGUGUUUUGGGUCAUUGUCAUGCUGGAAUACCCAUCCACGACCCAUUUUCAAUGCCCUGGCUGAGGGAAGGAGGUUCUCACCCAAGAUUUGACGGUACAUGGCCCCGUCCAUCAUCCCUUUGAUGCGGUGAAGUUGUCCUGUCCCCUUAGCAGAAAAACACCCCCAAAGCAUAAUGUUUCCACCUCCAUGUUUGACGGUGGGGAUGGUGUUCUUGGGGUCAUAGGCAGCAUUCCUCCUCCUCCAAACACGGCGAGUUGAGUUGAUGCCAAAGAGCUCGAUUUUGGUCUCAUCUGACCACAACACUUUCACCCAGUUCUCCUCUGAAUCAUUCAGAUGUUCAUUGGCAAACUUCAGAUGGCCCUGUAUAUGUGCUUUCUUGAGCAGGGGGACCUUGCUGGCGCUGCAGGAUUUCAGUCCUUCACGGCGUAGUGUGUUACCAAUUGUUUUCUUGGUGACUAUGGUCCCAGCUGCCUUGAGAUCAUUGACAAGAUCCUCCCGUGUAGUUCUGGGCUGAUUCCUCACCGUUCUCAUGAUCAUUGCAACUCCACGAGGUGAGAUCUUGCAUGGAGCCCCAGGCCGAGGGAGAUUGACAGUUCUUUUGUGUUUCUUCCAUUUGCGAAUAAUCGCACCAACUUGUCACCUUCUCACCAAGCUGCUUGGUGAUGGUCUUGUAGCCCAUUCCAGCCUUGUGUAGGUCUACAAUCUUGUCCCUGACAUCCUUGGAGAGCUCUUUGGUCUUGGCCAUGGUGGAGAGUUUGGAAUCUGAUUGAUUGCUUCUGUGGACAGGUGUCUUUUAUACAGGUAACAAGCUGAGAUUAGGAGCACUCCCUUUAAGAGUGUGCUCCUAAUCUCAGCUCGUUACCUGUAUAAAAGACACCUGGGAGCCAGAAAUCUUUCUGAUUGAGAGGGGGUCAAAUACUUAUUUCCCUCAUUAAAAUGGAAAUCAAUUUAUAACAUUUUUGACAUGCGUUUGUCUGGAUUUUUAUGUUGUUAUUUUGUCUCUCACUGUUCAAAUAAACCUACCAUUAAAAUUAUAGACUGAUCAUUUCUUUGUCAGUGGGCAAACGUACAAAAUCAGCAGGGGAUGAAAUACUUUUUUCCCUCACUGUAUAUACACUGCUCAAAAAAAUAAAGGGAACACUAAAAUAACACAUCCUAGAUCUGAAUGAAUGAAAUAAUCUCAUUAAAUACUUUUUUCUUUACAUAGUUGAAUGUGCUGACAACAAAAUCACACAAAAAUUAUCAAUGGAAAUCAAAUUUAUCAACCCAUGGAGGUCUGGAUUUGGAGUCACCCUCAAAAUUAAAGUGGAAAACCACACUACAGGCUGUAAUGUCCUUAAAACAAAUCAAAAUGAGGCUCAGUAGUGUGUGUGGCCUCCACGUGCCUGUAUGACCUCCCUACAACGCCUGGGCAUGCUCCUGAUGAGGUGGCGGAUGGUCUCCUGAGGGAUCUCCUCCCAGACCUGGACUAAAGCAUCCGCCAACUCCUGGACAGUCUGUGGUGCAACGUGGCGUUGGUGGAUGGAGCGAGACAGAUGUGCUCAAUUGGAUUCAGGUCUGGGGAACGGGCGGGCCAGUCCAUAGCAUCAAUGCCUUCCUCUUGCAGGAACUGCUGACACACUCCAGCCACAUGAGGUCUAGCAUUGUCUUGCAUUAGGAGGAACCCAGGGCCAACCGCACCAGCAUAUGGUCUCACAAGGGGUCUGAGGAUCUCAUCUCGGUACCUAAUGGCAGUCAGGCUACCUCUGGCGAGCACAUGGAGGGCUGUGCGGCCCUCCAAAGAAAUGCCACCCCACACCAUGACUGACCCACCGCCAAACCGGUCAUGCUGGAGGAUGUUGCAGGCAGCAGAACGCCACGGCGUCUCCAGACUCUGUCACGUCUGUCACAUGUGCUCAGUGUGAACCUGCUUUCAUCUGUGAAGAGCACAGGGCGCCAGUGGCGAAUUUGCCAAUCUUGGUGUUCUCUGGCAAAUGCCAAACGUCCUGCACGGUGUUGGGCUGUAAGCACAACACCCACCUGUGGACGUCGGGCCCUCAUACCACCCUCAUGGAGUCUGUUUCUGACCGUUUGAGCAGACACAUGCACAUUUGUGGCCUGCUGGAGGUCAUUUUGCAGGGCUCUGGCAGUGCUCCUCCUGCUCCUCCUUGCACAAAGGCGGAGGUAGCGGUCCUGCUGCUGGGUUGUUGCCCUCCUACGGCCUCCUCCAUGUCUCCUGAUGUACUGGCCUGUCUCCUGGUAGCGCCUCCAUGCUCUGGACACUACGCUGACAGACGCAGCAAACCUUCUUGCCACAGCUCGCAUUGAUGUGCCAUCCUGGAUGAGCUGCACUACCUGAGCCACUUGUGUGGGUUGUAGACUCCGUCUCAUGCUACCACUAGAGUGAAAGCCCCGCCAGCAUUCAAAAGUGACCAAAACAUCAGCCAGGAAGCAUAGGAACUGAGAAGUGGUCUGUGGUCACCACCUGCAGAACCACUUCUUUAUUGGGGGUGUCUUGCUAAUUGCCUAUAAUUUCCACCUGUUGUCUAUUCCAUUUGCACAACAGCAUGUGAAAUGUAUUGUCAAUCAGUGUUGCUUCCUAAGUGGACAGUUUGAUUUCACAGAAGUGUGAUUGACUUGGAGUUACAUUGUGUUGUUUAAGUGUUCCCUUUAUUUUUUUGAGCAGUGUGUGUGUGUAUAUAUAUAUAUAUAUAUAUAUAUAUAUAUAUAUAUAUAUAUAUAUAUAUAUAUAUAUAUAUAUAUAUACAUACAAACAUACAUACACAUCCUUUAAAAAUAUAUAUAUUUCCCUUUAUUACUUUCCAACCCCACCAUCCCCUCCCUAAUUGGAGUAAACUAGUGAACAACAAUGCUUAGGCCUCUACUUCAUGCUUAUACAUAGAGAUAAGAUUGUUAGCUAGCUAACUAAAUUAGAACGUGUGUGACAAGUCAGUUCUGCAAACAUUUUCCUGCAUGAACGUUUUCAGUCAUCAGCGCAUGCCAUUUGCAGUUGAAAUAUAUAGCCAAUACAUUUUGUAUUGAAUAAGAUUGUAAUUUACAAUGAUUUCAAUAAGAAAACAUUCUCGUAAUGAACAGUUAGCGUGUGCUUGUCAAAACAAGCUCUCAUUGCCAGGUUGCCAUAGUGUUUCUUUACAUGACUGUUUACUUUGACUGUUGUAAAGCACUGUAGUGAAUCUACUCAAUAAAAACAUCUAGUGGUGACAUUACGAACUGCAUGUUACUGCAUAUUGUGUGAACUUGUGAACAGUGCCAUUUCAGAUUUACUUUGAGACAAAGUUUAAUUCAUCUCAUUCAGCCCUUGUUUAUUAGUGAGCUUGUGGUGCUUCAGCACAAACACUUCUGCAUUCUUAUCCACUGCCAUAGAUAGAUACAACUUAAAGAUAUGUAUGUCUAAGUAGGUAAACUGAACAAGUGUUUUAUAUUUACUUCUGUAUUUAUAGAGGAUAUAGUUGCUUUUUGGUGGUUAUCAUGUAAACCACGAAUAAAAAGUUAUUAAAUAAUGUUAAUUUUAAUAUUUAGGUAAGAAAUAAUCAUUUAAAUUAUCUGUUCACACUAGAACCGCUGGGCCUCGGGGGACCCUCCUUCAAGCUAACGAGCAGUCAUUCUGACUGCAACAUUCUAACAGUGUAAUUAAUACAUUUCAUACAGUGCAUUCGGAAAGUAUUCAGACCCCUUGACUUUUUCCACAUUUUGUUACAUUACAGCCUUAUUCUAAAAUUGAUUAAAUUAGUUUUUUCCCUCAAUCUACACACAAUACCCCAUAAUGACAAAGCAAAAGCAGGUUUUAGAAUGUUUAGCAAAUGUUAUACAAAUAAUAAACUAAAAUAUUACAUUUACAUAAGUAUUCAGAUGCUUUACUCAGUACUUUGUUGAAGCACCUUUGGCAGCGAUUACAACCUCGAGUCUUCUUGGGGAUGACGCUACAAGCUUGGCACACCUGUAUUUGGGGAGUUUCUCCCAUUUUUCUCGGCAGAUCCUCUCAAGCUCUGUCAGGUUGGAUGGGGAGCAUUGCUGCACAGUUAUUUUCAGGUCUCUCCAGAGAUGUUUGAUCGGGUUCAAGUCCGGGCUCUGGCAGGGCCACUCAAGGACAUUCAGAGACUUGUCCCAAAGCCACUCCUGCGUUGUCUUGGCUGUGUGCUUAGGGUUGUUGUCCUGUUGGAAGGUGAACCUUUGCCCCAGUCUGAGGUCCUGAGCGCUCUGGAGCAGGUUUUCAUCAAGGAUCUCUCUGUACUUUUCUCCGUUCAUCUUUCCCUCGAUCCUGACUAGUCUCCCAGUCCCUGCCGCUGAAAAUAAUCCCCACAGCCUGACGCUGCUACCACCAUGGUUCAACGUAGGGAUAGUGCCAGUUUUCCUCCAGACGUGACGCUUGGCAUUCAGGCCAAAGAGUUCAAUCUUGGUUUCAUCAGACCAGAGAAUCUUGUUUCUCAUGGUCUGAGUCCUUUAGGUGCCUUUUGGCAAUCUCCAAGUGGGCUGUCAUGUGCCUUUUACUGAGGAGUGGCUUCCGUCUGGCCACUCUACCAUAAAGGCCUGAUUGGUGGAGUGCUGCAGAGAUGGUUGUCCUUCUGGAAGGUUCUCCCAUCUCCACAGAGGAACUCUGGAGCUCUGUCAGAGUGGCCAUUGGGUUCUUGGUCACCUCCCUGACCAAAGCCCUUCUCCCCCGAUUGCUUACUUUGGCCGUGCGGGUAGCUCUAGGAAGUGUCUUGGUGGUUCCAAACUUCUUCCAUUUAAGAAUGAUGGAGACCACUGUGUUCUUGGGGACCUUCAAUGCUGCAGACAUUUUUUGGUACCCUUCCCCAGAUCUGUGCCUCGACACAACACUGUCUUUGAGCUCUACGGACAAUUCCUUCGACCUCAUGGCUUGGUUUUUGCUCUGACAUGCACUGUCAACUGUGGGACCUUAUAUAGAACGGUGUGUUCCUUUCCAAUCAUGUCCAAUCAAUUGAAUGUACCACAGGUGGACUCCAAUCAAGUUGUAGAAAAAUCUCAAGGAUGAUCAAUGGAAACAGGAUGCACCUGAGCUCAAUUUCGAGUCUCAUAGGCUGAAUACUUAUGGGAAUAAGGUAUUUCUGGUUUUUAUUUUUAAAUUAGCAAACAUUUCCAAAAACCUGUUUUUGCUUUGUCAUUAUGGGGUAUUGUGUGUAGAUUGCUGAGGAAAUUGUUUUUUAAAAUCCAUUUUAGAAUGAGGCUCUAACGUUACAAAAUGUGGAAAAAGUCAAGGGAACUGAAUACUUUCCUUGCAGCAAGCUAGCCGAGUCACACUAGCUAGCAAUGUACAUUCUUUUUACAUUUUAGUCAUUUAGCAGACACUCUUAUCCAGAGCAAUUUACAGGAGCUAUUUGGGUUAAGUGCCUUGCUCAAGGGCACAUCAACAGAUUUUUCACCUAGCCGGCUCGGGGGUUCGAACCAGCGACCUCGUAACCGCUAGGCUACCUGUAAUUGAAAGAUAACCACUUAUAACCUGUUUAUAACCAUUUAUAAUCUGUUUGUAACCACUUAUAACCUGUUUACAACCAUUUCUAACUUGUUUGUAAGACCUUAUAACCACCGUUUCUUAUCAUUUUGACCUUGAAUAGAAAUGUAGGGUGUAUUUUUUUUUUGUUACGGUUGUGCUGCAUCUUUUAAUCAACUAUCUGUUAUUCAAGGUGGAACUUGAAAGGAAACUGGAAUCCACAACAAAGUCGAAACUUCAUUACAAGCAGCAGUGGGGGCGUGCUUUAAAAGAACUGGCCAGGUUCAAGCAGGUAGGCCAAUUUAGAUGACUGCCACUUUGAUUCAACAGAAAUGUGUUUGCCCGUAGUAUGCGAAUACAGCCUGAUACCAGUGCUGGUGUAGGCCUAGACCAGCAUGUUUGUGCAAUUCUAUAGUUGGAAUAUAUAGGGGGAUAUAUAUUUCAUUUCAAUUAACAGGUGUGCCUUGUUAAAAGUUUUAUUUAUAUACAGUGAGGGGGAAAAGUAUUUGAUCCCCUGCUGAUUUUGUACGUUUGCCCACUGACAAAGAAAUGAUCAGUCUAUAAUUUUAAUGGUAGGUUUAUUUGAACAGUGAGAGACAACAAAAAAAUCCAGAAAAACGCAUGUCAAAAAUUUUAUAAAUUGAUUUGCAUUUUAAUUAGGGGAAUAAGUAUUUGAUCCCCUCUCAAUCAGAAAGAUUUCUGGCUCCCAGGUCUCUUUUAUACAGGUAACGAGCUGAGAUUAGGAGCACACUCUUAAAGGGAGUGCGCCUAAUCUCAGCUUGUUACCUGUAUAAAAGACACCUGUCCACAGAAGCAAUCAAUCAAUCAGAUUCCAAACUCUCCACCAUGGCCAAGACCAAAGAGCUCUCCAAGGAUGUCAGGGACAAGAUUGUAGACCUACACAAGGCUGGAAUGGGCUACAAGACCAUCGCCAAGCAGCUUGGUGAGAAGGUGACAACAGUUGGUGCGAUUAUUCGCAAAUGGAAGAAACACAAAAGACCUGUCAAUCUCCCUCGGCCUGGGGCUCCAUGCAAGAACUCACCUUGUGGAGUUGCAAUGAUCAUGAGAACGGUGAGGAAUCAGUCCAGAACUACAUGGGAGGAUCUUGUCAAUGAUCUCAAGGCAGCUGGGACCAUAGACACCAAGAAAACAAUUGGUAACAGACUACGCCGUGAAGGACUGAAAUCCUGCAGUGCCCGCAAGGUCCCCCUGCUCAAGAAAGCACAUAUACAUGCCCGUCUGAAGUUUGCCAAUGAACAUCUGAAUGAUUCAGAGGAGUACUGGGGGAAAGUGUUGUGGUCAGAUGAGACCAAAAUGGAGCUCUUUGGCAUCAACUCAACUCGCCGUGUUUGGAGGAGGAGGAAUGCUGCCUAUGACCCCAAGAACACCAUCCCCACCGGAAACAUAAUGCUUUGGGGGUGUUUUUCUGCUAAGGGGACAGGACAACUUCACCGCAUCAAAGAGACGAUGGACAGGGCCAUAUACCGUCAAAUCUUGGGUGAGAACCUCCUUCCCUCAGCCAGGGCAUUGAAAAUGGGUCGUGGAUGGGUAUUCCAGCAUGACAAUGACCCAAAACACACGGCCAAGGCAACAAAGGAGUGGCUCAAGAAGAAGCACAUUAAGGUCCUGGAGUGGCAUAGCCAGUCUCCAGACCUUAAUCCCAUAGAACAUCUGUGGAGGGAGCUGAAGAUUCGAGUUGCCAAACGUCAGCCUCGAAACCUUAAUGACUUGGAGAAGAUCUGCAAAUAGGAGUGGGACAAAAUCCCUCCUGAGAUGUGUGCAAACCUGGUGGCCAACUACAAGAAACGUCUGACCUCUGUGAUUGCCAACAAGGGUUUUGCCACCAAGUACUAAGUCAUGUUUUGCAAAGGGGUCAAAUACUUAUUUCCCUCAUUAAAAUGCAAAUCAAUUUAUAAAAUUUUUGACAUACGUUUUUCUGGAUUUUUUGGUUGUUAUUCUGUCUCUCACUGUUCAAAUAAACCUACCAUUAAAAUUAUAGACUGAUCAUUUCUUUGUCAGUGGGCAAACGUACAAAAUCAGCAGGGGAUCAAAUACUUUUUUCCCUCACUGUGUGUGUGUGUGUGUGUGUGUUUGUGUGUGUGUGUAUGUAUGUAUGUAUGUAUAUGUGUAUAUAUAUACACACACACACACAUACAUAUAUUCAGUGCAUUCGGAAAGUAUUCAGACCCCUUGACAUUUUUGUUACGUUACAGCCUUAUUCUAAAAUGGAUUAAAUUACAACCAAAAAAACUCAUGAAUCUACACACAAUACCCCAUAAUGACAAAGCGAAAACAGGUUUUUAGAAACUUUAGCUAAUUUCAAAAUAUAAAACAGAAAUAUCACAUUUACAUAAGUAUUCAGACCCUUUACUCAGUACUUUGUUGAAGCAUCUUUGGCAGCGAUUACAUCCUCGAGUCUUCUUUGGUAUGACGCUACAAGCUUGGCACACCUGUAUUUGGGGAGUUUCUCUUAUUCUUCACUGCAGAUCCUCUCAAGCUCUGUCAGGUUGGAUGGGGAUCAUUGCUGCACAGCUAUUCUCAGGUCUCUCCAGAGAUGUUCUAUCGGGUUCAACUUGGUAGGUUUUGGUAUUUGUUUUUUGGGGUAUUUUAUUAGGAUCCCCAUUAGCUGUUGCAACAGUUACUCUUCAUGGGGUCCACACAAAACAUGAAACAUGACAUAAUACAUAACAUUAAUAGACAAGAACAAUUCAAGGACAGAACUACAUCAAUGUUUUUUAUUUAAAGGCACACGUAGCCUACAUAUCAGUACAUACACACAAACUAUCUAGGUCAAAUAGGGGAGAAGCGUUGUGUUGCGGUAUCUGUUUUUUUAAACCAGGUUUGCUGUUCAUUUGAGCAAUAUGAGAUGGAACAGAGUUUCAUGCAAUAAUGGCUCUAUAUAAUACUGUUCGCUUUAUUGAAUUUGUACUGGAUUUGGGGAUUGUGAAAAGACCCCUGGUGGCAUGUCUGGGUGGGGUAAGUGUGUGUGUCAGAGCUGUGUGUAUGUUGACUAUGUAAACAAUUUGGGAUUUUCAACACAUUAAUGUUUCUUAAAAAAUAAGAAGUGAUGCAGUCAGUCUCUCCUCAACUCUUAGCCAAGAGAGACUGGCAUGCAUAGUAUUUAUAUCAGCCCUAUGAUUACAAUCAAGAGCAAGGCGUGCCUUUCUGUUUUGGGCCAGCUGCAGCUUAACUAGGUCUUUCCUUGCAUCACUCGACCACACGACUGGACAAUAAUCAAGAUAAGACUAAACUAGAGCCUGCAGGACAUGCUUUUUGGAGUGUGGUGUCAAAAAAAAGCAGAGCAUCUCUUUAUUACAGACCUCUCCCCAUCUUUACAACCAUUGAAUCUAUAUGUUUUGACCAUGACACUUUACAAUCUAAGGUAACGCUAAGUAAUUUAGUCUCCUCAACUUGUUCAACAGCCACACCAUUCAUUACCAGAUUCAGCUGAGGUCUAGAACUUAGUGAAUGAUUUGUACCAAAUACAAUGCUCUUAGUUUUAGAGAUGUUCAGGACCAGUUUAUUACUGGCCACCCAUGCCUAAACAGACUGCAACUCUUUGUUAAGGGUUUCAGUGACUUCAUUAACUGUGGUUGCUGAUGUGUAUUUGGUUGAAUCAUCAGCGUACAUGGACACACAUGCUUUGUUUAAUGCCAGUGGCAGGUCAUUGGUAAAAAUAGAAAAGAGUAGAGUGCCUAGAGAGCUGCCCUGCGGUACACCACACUUUCCAUGUUUGACAUUGGAGAAGUUUCAAUUAAAGAAAAACCUUUGAAUUAUAUUAGAUAGAUAGCUCUGAAUCCACAAUAUGGCAGAGGUUGAAAAGCCAUAACACAAAUUUUUUCAACAACAGGUUAUGGUCAAUAAUUUUCAUCAAGAAUCUCUCUGUACUUUGCUCCGUUUAUCUUUCACUCGAUCCUGCCGCUGCAAAACAUCCCCACAGCAUGAUGCUGCCACCCCCCAUGCUUCACCGUAGUGAUGAUACCAGGUUUCCUCCAGAAGUGACACUUCCUCCCUGACCAAGGCCCUUCUCCCCCGAUUGCUCAGUUUGGCCGGGCGGGCCAGCUUUAGGAAGAGUCUUGGUGGUUCCAAACUACUUCCAUUUAAUAAUGAUGGAGGCCACUGUGUUCUUGGGGAGUUUCAAUGCUGCAGACAUUUUUUGGUACCCUUCCCCAGAUCUGUGCCUCGACACAAUCCUGCCUCGGAGCUCUACGUACAAUUCCUUCGACCUCAUGGCUUGGUUUUUGCUCUGACAUGCACUGUCAACUGUGGGACCUUAUAUAGACAGGUGUGUGCCUUUCCAAAUCAUGUCCAAUCAAUUGAAUUUACCACAAGUGGACUCCAAUCAAGUUGUAGAAACAUCUCAAGGAUGAUCAAUGGAAAUAUGAUGCAACUGAGCUCAAUUUCGAGUCUCAUAGCAAAGGGUCUGAAUACUUAUGUAAAUAAGGUAUUUCUGUUUUAAUACAUUUGCAAACAUUUCUACAAACCUGUCAUUAUGGGGUAUUGUGUGUAGAUUGAUGAGAGGGGAAAAAUGAUUUAAUCCAUUUUAGAAUAAGGCUUUAACGUAACAAAAUGUGGAAAAAGUCAUGGGGUCUGAAUACUUUCCGAAUGCACUGUGUGAUAUACACCACCGUUCAAAAGUUUGGGGUCACUUAGAAAUAUCCUUGUUUUUGAAAGAAAAGCAAUUUUUUUGUCCAUUAAAGUAACAUCAAAUUGAUCAGAAAUACAGUGUAGACAUUGUUAAUGUUGUAAAUGGCUAUUGUAGCUGGAAACUGCUGAUUUUUAAUGGAAUAUCUACAUAGGCGUACAGAGGCCCAUUAUCAGCAACCAUCAGUCCUGUGUUCCAAUGGCACGUUGUGUUUGCUAAUCCAAGUUUUCCAUUUUAAAAGGCUAAUUGAUCAUUAGAAAACCCUUUUGCAAUUAUGUUAGCACAGCUGAAAACUGUUGUGCUGAUUAAAGAAAUAAUCAAACUGGCCUUCUUGAGACUAGUUGAGUAUCUGGAGCAUCAGCAAUUGUGGGUUCGAUUACAGGAUCAAAAUGGCCUUUCUUCUGAAACUCGUCAGUCUAUUCUUGUUCUGAGAAAUGAAGGCUAUUCCAUUCGAGAAAUUGCCAAGAAACUGAAGAUCUCGUACAACGCUGUGUACUACUCCCUUCACAGAACAGCGCAAACUGGCUCUAACCAGAAUAUAAAGAGGAGUGGGAGGCCCCGGUACACAACUGAGCAAGAGGACAAAUACAUUAGUGUCUAGUUUGAGAAACAGACGCCUCACAUGUCCUCAACUGGCAGCUUCAUUAAAUAGUACCCGCAAAACACCAGUCUCAGCGUCAACAGUGAAGAGCCGACUCCGGGAUGCUGACCUUCUAGGCAGAGUUGCAAAGAAAAAGCCAUAUCUCAGACUGGCCAAUAAAAAGCAAAUAUUAAGAUGGGCAAAAGAACACAGACACUGGACAGAGGAAGAUUGGAAAAAAGUGUUAUGGACAGUUUGAGGUGUUCGGGUUACAAAGAAUAACAUUUGUGAGACGCAGACCAAAUGAAAAGAUGCUGGAGGAGUGCUUGAUGCCAUCUGUCAAGCAUGGUGGAGGCAAUGUGAUGGUCUGGGGGUGCUUUGGUGGUGGUAAAGUGGGAGAUUUGUACAGGGUAAAAGGGAUCUUGAAGAAGGAAGGCUAUCACUCCAUUUUGCAACGCCAUGCCAUACCCUGUGGACGGCGCUUGAUUGGACCCAAUUUCCUCCUACAACAGGACAAUGACCCAAAGCACUGCUCCAAACUAUGCAAUAACUAUUUAGGGAAGAAGCAGUCAGCUGGUAUUCUGUCUAUAAUGGAGUGGCCAGCACAGUCACCGGAUCUCAACCCUAUUGAGCUGUUGUGGGGGCAGCUUGACCGUAUGGUACGUAAGAAGUGCCCAUCAAGCCAAUCCAACUUGUGGGAGUUGCUUCAGGAAGCAUGGGGUGAAAUCUCUUCAGAUUACCUCAACAAAUUGACAACUAGAAUGCCAAAUGUCUGCAAGGCUGUAAUUGCUGCAAAUGGAGGAUUCUUUGACGAAAGCAAAGUUUGAAGGACACAAUUAUUAUUUCAAUUAAAAAUAUUAUUUCUAACCUUGUCAAUGACUACAUUUCCUAUUCAUUUUGCUAUAUUUCCUAUUCAAACUCAUUUCAUGUAACGUUUCAUGGAAAACAAGGACAUUUCUAAGUGAGCCCAAACUUUUGAAUGGUAGUGUGUGUGUGUGUGUGUAUGUAUGUGUGUAUGUAUAUAUAUAUAGCCCAUAUCAUGCAGCCCUACGUGGCACAGUGUGGAAAUGAUAACAAAAGUGCAGGAAAUGCAGACAUUUUUGGGGGUGUUGAAUUGAACAGUAUAAAACAAUCAGAAUGGAGAAAGCCGCAUUGAAAUCACUUAUAAUUAAUGUGUUGCAACGCUAGGGUAAUGAACUACUCAUAAAGCAUGUUUUGAACUAUUAUUCAAAAACAUAAAAUACCGUCAAAUACUGUCAUACCGUGAAAAACAUUGUGAUAUGUUAUUUUGGCCAUAUUGCCCAGCCCUAGGCUUAAAUCAUGUUUGAGUUCUCCCCCCCCCCCCCCCCCCCCCCACCCCCAGAUGUCUAAAUAUUUUCAAUUUGUUGGAUCCUUGCAGCAUGUGUCAAUGAUAAGUAAUUAACAGCUUGAGGAUAAGUGUGAAUGCAAAUAAAGGAAGCCACAUUAGCCUCGACUUUACACUACCUUUCACAGCCUCGUCAUACAGUAUAUCAUGUGGAGUCAUUCGCUGUGUGUUUUUACAUGGGCCCAAAUAUUUUUACAAGGUGUAUUAGACAUUGAUCACUUUUAAAUCAGCACAACCUUCUAGUGGGCUCUGAAACCUGUGCUGCGUCUGGAGUGAGCCCUUCAAGGGACUAAUCCAAUGUCAACAAAGUCGGCACACUGGGCUUAUCAGGCCUCACUAAUAACUGUUAAAGACAAAAGCCAGCUGGAAAAUCUGAACCCCCUUUUUUCUGGAAUUUCUAAGUGCCAGAUAUAUGUUAAGAAAACACAAGUUGAUUUAUGUUGCACUAAGGGCUUCAUAACUUAAUGUGAAAUAGCCCUAUAAAUCAUGUUUGUAUUAUGUUAAGCAUUAGCCCAGGCGUUAACCAUUGAAAUGUCACACUUGUUUUUAGGGGUAUCUGUCAGACCCGUGCUUGGAUACACUCUGUGUAGUUAACGUUUGUUUGGUUUGCGCUAUGCUAUCACUAUUUGUUUCACCUAUCAACGCGUCGGCAUACUUUUUAGCCAAGUUGCGGCAAAGAAAUUCUCGCCUCAGGAAUAAUGCCUUUUCCCUCUAAAUGUCCAGAUGGUAAGAAUGAAAUGCAGCUCUUUAGAAAACGUAUACAUUCCUGACUUAGCCCUUAGCCUUAUCUUAUCUCUUAGCCUCUAAUACAGCAGAUACGGUCAACUGAUUAAUUUGAGCCCAAGUAUGCCUGCCGCCUCCUACUCCCCUAACUCUGAACCGCCUUGGUAUUUGGUGUCAGAUAGUGUGAGACCUGAAAAACUGGAGCUUUGAAAUCCCCCAGGUGUCUGUCUGUCAGUCGGCUUAUUUUCCAGAAAACUGCAGUUGAGGCCCAUCUGGGCAGCUUGCUUCACUCAGGCGAGUCCCUAGUCUGACCCACUGGAUGCAGGCCACAGGGAAUGGGAAUGGGGGUCGUUCGCUGGUCACUCAGGCCUGCCUGCGCUGCCUUUGUCCUCUCCCUCCUGGAGAGAGCCAAACUCUGGAGGGCUGUGUUUACCAAGAACCUGGCAUCCAUUACUGAGAAUGCAGUGGCGUACCACACACCUAGCCCCUAGCGUGGCGCUGUUGUCCACUGGAAAUACUUAAUGCACUCUUCAACCAGCAGUAGCCGAGGAAACCCUUUGCCCAAGAGACCUUAGAAAAAGCCCUGCAUUAAUUGUUUCAGUGCUUUGGCGCUUACUUGGCAAUGUGCGCUCCAGAAAUGUUUCUGUGGUUUGUUUUUGUAGCAAUUUUGGUAAAGCAAAUGUAUUACAGGCGACUAAUGUUCACAGAAAACACUAAAUUAAACGUAAUUCUGUGCCAACAUAUCACUCUGUGAUAAAGAUGAACUGAGUUUUGCCCUGGCUGUGUGAGAAAAAGGAACUUGUCUGUAUUUUAACCGGUGAUUGUCUGGAAAAGGGAGCAGAUUGUGAGAAAAGGGAACUUGUCCAUAUUUGAACCAGUAACUGUUAAGUGUCAGGGAACACAUGACAUGUCCCUAAACUGCUGUUCAUUGAAACCGUCAUAAACUGCUGUUCAUUGAAACCGUCAUAGGAGUCUCUUGGUCAAAAUGCUUUUUAUUCCAUGAUCAGCUUUUAUUCCAUGGUACCAACAUAAACACUAGUGAUUGGGGAAAAAAUCGAUAGUUAGAUAUCGCAAUAUUAUUUUGGAUGAUAUUAUAUCGAUACUUUCCAAGUAUCAAUUUGUAAUAAAUAAAAAAAAAAAUAUAUAUAUAUAUAUAUAUAUAUAUAUAUAUAUAUAUUUUUUUAAGAUGACGUUAGCUAGCGCUAGUCGGCUGUACCUGCGCCAAAAAUGCCCUAUAGCUUGUUCUUCUUCUUUUUAAAUAGUGAGCCAACAUGUUUUCAACACUUAUUUCCAUAACUAAUCAAAACAAAUGUUGUCAUGCUCUCUCGUCUCUGCAGCAGACAUAUAGUGAGCAAAAUGUUUGGAACAUCAAAUCGCAGUAUCGAAUUGCAGUAGAAUCGGGAAAUACUAUUAUCAUAUUCGGCACCUAAGUAUCGUGAUAAUUUUGUAUCUUUAGGACCCUGGCAAUUCCCAGCCCUCAAACACCUGGUUGUUUUCCUACUUUGUUUGAGAAAGUAUGCUGUGCUGCAGAACAGAGUGAUAUGAUCGCAGCCUUCUCUGGUAUGUUGUGUUAGAGAGAGCAGGAGAGCGCCAUGACACGGCUGAAGAAGCAGCAGCAGGAGCUGGAGACCAUGAGGCUGCGCUACCUGGCAGCCGAGGAGAAGGAAGCCGUCAAAAGCGAGAAACACGAGCUGGAGGACAUCAGGAACGAGCUGAACAGGUACCAACUAACACACUACCACACUAGCAUUAUUUAUCUUCCAAAAGCCUGGAGGGUUCACUUAAGACCAGUUAAGUGGAAUUUAAUUCAAAACACCUUCAGUCAAAGGCAAAAGGGACUUUUUUAUGCUCCCUGUAUACAAAGGUAAUGCAUUACUAGACAUUCAUAUGCCAUAUACUAUAUGCACGACAAGCGGUACCGGAACGCCUAGAUCCAAGAGGCUUCUGAACAGCUUCUACCCCCAAGCCAUAAGACUCCUGAACAUCUAAUCAAAUGGCUACCCAGACUAUUUGCAUUGUGUGUGUGUGUGUGUCCUCUUUUACGCUGCUGCUACUCUCUGUUUUAUUAUAUUGAUUAUGCAUAGAUAAUACUCUACCUACAUGUACAUACUACCUCGACUAACCAGUGCCCCCGCACAUUGACUCGGUACCAGUACCCCCUGUAUACAGCCUCGCUAUUGUUAUUUUACUGCUGCUCAUUCAUUAUUUGUUAUUUUUAUUUCUUAUUAUUUUGUUACUUAAUGUUUUCUUGGUAUUUUUUUGGUAUUCUUUCUUAAAAUUGCAUUGUUGGUUAAGGGCUUGUAAGUAAGCAUUUCACUGUAAGGUCUACUACACCUGUUGUAUUCGGCACAUGUGGCAAAUAAUAUGUGAUUUGAUUUGAGAUGUCAUUUAUUUGUGCCACAUUGACCUUGUCCAACCGUGGACCUCUUGGGUUGUUAUCUGAAUCCAUUGGCAUCGACCUCUUACUCUCCUCCCCCCGCUGGCUGUGUUUUUCUACCGCAGGUUAAAACAACAGGAGGACAAGAGGCCGUGGGGUAGUGACUCUGCCGGCCCCGCCGUGUCUCUCAACGAGAGCGCCGACGAUCACCUCAGCCGGCUUCUGGAGGAGAGAGACACUCUGUUACGCACGGGUGUGUACACACACCAAGACCGCAUCAUCAGCGAGCUCAACAGGCAAAUCCAAGAGGCCAUGGCACACAGAGUGGCCCACUGA